UUGCUGUCUCCUCCUCCUAUUCCUCUUCUUUUAUCGACUCUUCUUUUAACUCCUCUUCCCUCCACCUCUAUUUCUGUCUCCUCCUCCUCCUCUUCUUUUUAUCGCGCCUUUUCUUUUUCCUCUUCCCCUCCACCUCUAUUUCUGUCUCCUCCUCCUAUUCCUCUUCUUUUAUCGCCUCUUCUUUUAACUCCUCUUCCCCUCUACGUCUAUUUCUGUCUCCUCCUCCUCCUCUUCUUUUAUCGCCUUCUUUUAACUCCUCUUCCCCUCCACGUCUAUUUCUGUCUCCUCCUCCUCCUCUUCUUUUUAUCGCCCUUUUUUUUAACUCCUCUUCCUCUCCAUCUCUUUUCUGUCUCCUCCUCCUCCUCUUCUUUUAUCGCCUCUUCUUUAACUCCUCUUCCCCUCCACGUCUAUUUCUGUCUCCUCCUCCUCCUCUUCUUUUUCGCCCUUUUUUUUUUAACUACUCUUCCCCUCCAUCUCUUUUCUGUCUCCUCCUCCUCCUCUUCUUUUAUCGCCUCUUCUUUUAACUCCUCUUCCCCUCCACGUCUAUUUCUUAACUGUCAGCCUCUUGUUUCUUUCUUUCUUUUUUUCUUUGUUUAUCUAUAUCAGAGAAAGUAUCUGUCAGCCUCUUGUUUCUUUCUUUCUUUGUUUAUCUAUAUCAGAGAAAGUAACUGUCAGCCUCUUGUUUCUGUCUUUCUUUUUUUCUUUGUUUAUCUAUAUCAGAGAAAGUAUCUGGCAGCCUCUUGUUUCUUUCUUUCUUUGUUUAUAUAUAUGAGAGAAAGUAUCUGUCAGCCUCUUGUUUCUUUCUUUCUUUUUUUCUUUGUUUAUCUAUAUCAGAGAAAGUAUCUGUCAGCCUCUUGUUUCUUUCUUUCUUUGUUUAUCUAUAUCAGAGAAAGUAACUGUCAGCCUCUUGUUUCUUUCAGAGAAAGUCUUUCUUUUUUUUCUUUGUUUAUCUAUAUCAGAGAAAGUAUCUGUCAGCCUCUUGUUUCUUUCUUUCUUUGUUUAUCUAUAUCAGAGAAAGUAACUGUCAGCCUCUUGUUUCUUUCUUUCUUUUUUUCUUUGUUUAUCUAUAUCAGAGAAAGUAUCUGUCAGCCUCUUGUUUCUUUCUUUCUUUGUUUAUCUAUAUCAGAGAAAAAAAGUAUCUGUCAGCCUCUUGUUUCUUUCAUUCUUGGUUUAUCUACAUCAGAGAAAGUAACUGUCAGCCUCUUGUUUCUUUCUUUCUUUUUUCUUUGUUUAUCUAUAUCAGAGAAAGUAUCUGUCAGCCUCUUGUUACUUUCUUUCUUUGUUCAUCUAUAUCAGAGAAAGUAUCUGUCAGCCUCUUGUUUCUUUCUUUCUUUGUUUAUCUAUAUCCAAGACAAUAUAUGUCAGCCUCUUGUAUCUUUCUUUUUUUCUUUGUUUGCCUAUAUCAGAGAAAGUAAAUGUCAGCCUCUUGUUUGUUUCUUUCUUUUUUUCUUUGUUUAUCUAUAUCAGAGAAAGUAUCUGUCCGUCUCUUGUUUCUUUCUUUCUUUGUUUAUCUAUAUGUAUCUGUCAACCUUUGUUUCUUUCUUUCUUUGUUUAUCUAUAUCAGAGACAAUAUAUGUCAGCCUCUUGUUUCUUUCUUUUUUUUUCUUUGUUUAUCUAUAUCAGAAAAAUAACUGUCAGCCUCUAGUUUCUUUCUUUCUUUUUUUUCUUUGUUUAUCUAUAUCAGAGAAAGUAACUGUCAGUAUCUGUCAGUCUCUUGUUUCUUUUUUUUAUUUGUUUAUCUAUAUCAGAGAAAGUAUCUGUCAGCCUCUUGUUUCUUUCUUUUAUUUGUUUAUCUUUCAGAGAAAGUUUGUUCUUGUUUCUUUUUUUUUUCUUGUUUAUCUAUAUCAUAUCUGUCAGCCUCUUGUUUCUUUAUUCUUUGUUUAUCUAUAUCAGAGAAAGUAUCUGUCAGCAUCUUGUUUCUUUCUUUCUUUGUUUAUCUAUAUCAGAGAAAUUAAAUGUCAGCCUCUUAUUUCUUUCUUUCUUUUUUUUUUUCAUUAUCAGAAAGUUGUCAUCUUGUUUCUUUCUUUCUUUUUUUCAUUGUUUAUCUAUAUCAGAGAAAGUAUCUGUCAGCCUUAUUUCUUUCUUUUUUUUCUUUGUUUAUCUAUAUCAGAAAAAAGUAUCUGUCAGCCUCUUGUUUCUUUCUUUUUUUUCUUUGUUUAUCUAUAUCAGAGAAAGUAUCUGUCAGCCUCCUUUCUUUCUUUCUUUUUUCUUUGUUUAUCUAUAUCAGAAAAAACUGUCAGCCUUUCUUUGUUUCCUUUCUUUCUUUUUUUUUUUCUUUGUUUUGUUUAUCUAUAUCAGAGAAAGUAUCUGUCAGCCUCUUGUUUCUUUCUUUCUUUGUUUAUCUAUAUCAGAGAAAGUAACUGCCAGCCUCUUGUUUCUUUCUUUCUUUUUUCUUUGUUUAUCUAUAUCAGAGAAAGUAUCUGUCAGCCUCUUGUUUCUUUCUUUCUUUGUUUAUCUAUAUCAGAGAAAGUAACUGUCAGCCUCUUGUUUCUUUCUUUCUUUUUUUCUUUGUUUAUCUAUAUCAGAGAAAGUAUCUGUCAGCCUCUUGUUUCUUUCUUUCUUUUGUUUAUCUAUAUCAGAGAAAGUAUCUGUCAGCCUCUUGUUUCUUUCUUUCUUUGUUUAUCUAUAUCAGAGACAAUAUAUAGAAAGUAUCUGUCAGCCUCUUGUUUCUUUCUUUCUUUGUUUAUCUAUAUCAGAGAAAGUAACUGUCAGCCUCUUGUUUCUUUCUUUCUUUUUUUCUUUGUUUAUCUAUAUCAGAGAAAGUAUAUGUCAGCCUCAUGUUUCUUUCUUUCAUUGUUUAUCUAUAUCAGAGAAAGUAUCUGUCAGCCUCUUGUUUUUUUUUCUUUGUUUAUCUUUCAAAAGAAAGUUUCAUCUAUAUCAGAAAGUAUCUGUCAGCCUCUUGUUUUUCUUUCUUUCUUUUUAUCUUUUGUUUAUCUAUAUCAGAGAAAAGAAAGUAUCUGUCAGCCUCUUGUUUCUUUUCUUUCUUUUUUCUUUUUUAUCUAUAUCAGAGAAAGUAUCUGUCAGCCUCUUGUUUUUCUUUCUUUUUUCUUUGUUUAUCUAUAUCAGAAAAAGAAAGUAUCUGUCAGCCUCUUGUUUCUUUCUUUUCUUUGUUUAUCUAUAUCAGAGAAAUAUCUGUCAGCCUCUUGUUUCUUUCUUUUUUUUUUGUUUAUCUAUAUCAGAGAAAGUAACUGUGUCAGCCUCUUGUUUCUUUCUUUCUUUUUUUUUUUGUUUAUCUAUAUCAGAGAAAGUAUCUGUCAGCCUCUUGUUUCUUUCUUUCUUUUUUUCUUUUUGUCUAUAUCAGAGAAAGUAUCUGUCAGCCUCUUUGUUUUUUUUUUUCUUUUUUUCUUUUGUUUAUCUAUAUCAGAGACAAUAUCUGUCAGCCUCUUUGUUUCUUUCUUUUUUCUUUGUUUAUCUAUAUCAGAGAAAGUAUCUGUCAGCCUCUUGUUUCUUUUUUUUUUUUUUCUUUGUUUAUCUAUAUCAGAGAAAAGUAACUGUCAGCCUCUUGUUUCUUUCUUUUUUUUUUUUUGUUUAUCUAUAUCAGAGAAAGUAUAUGUCAGCCUCUUGUUUCUUUCUUUUUUUUUUUUGUUUAUCUAUAUCAGAAAAAAUAUCUGUCAGCCUCUUUCUUUUUUUUUCUUUGUUUAUCUAUAUCAGAAAGUAUCUGUCAGCCUCUUGUUUCUUUCUUUCUUUUUUUUUGUAUAUCAGAGAAAGUAUCUGUCAGCCUCUUGUUUCUUUCUUUUCUUUGUUUAUCUAUAUCAGAGAAAGACAGCCUCUUGUUUCUUUCUUUCUUUGUUUAUCUAUAUCAGAGAAAAUAUAUGUCAGCCUCUUGUUCUUUCUUUUUUUUUUUUUUCUUUAUUUAUCUAUAUCAGAAAAGUAUCUGUCAGCCUCUUGUUUCUUUCUUUCUUUGUUUAUCUAUAUCAGAAAGUAACUGCCAUUUCUUUUUUCUUUUUUUCUUUGUUUAUCUAUAUCAGAAAAGUAUCUGUCAGCCUCUUGUUUCUUUCUUUCUUUUGUUUAUCUAUAUCAGAGACAAUAUCUGUCAGCCUCUUGUUUCUUUCUUUUUUUUUCUUUUUUUUUGUUUAUCUAUAUCAGAGAAAAUAUCUGUCAGCCUCUUGUUUCUUUUUUUCUUUGUUUAUCUAUAUUUUUCUUUUUUUUUUCUUUGUUUAUUUCUUUCUUUUCAGUUUAUCUAUAUCAACUGUCAGCCUUUCUUUUUUCUUUUUGUUUAGCUUUCUUUUUUUCUUUGUUUAUCUAUAUCAGAGAAAGUAUAUGUCAACCUCUUGUUUUUUUUUUUUUCUUUGUUUAUCUAUAUCAGAGAAAGUAUCUGUCAGCCUCUUGUUUCUUUCUUUCUUUGUUUUAUCUAUAUCAGAAAAUAUCUGUCAGCCUCUUGUUUCUUUCUUUUUUUUUUUUGUUUAUCUAUAUCAGAGAAAGUAUCUGUCAGCCUCUUUCUUUCUUUCUUUGUUUGUUUAUCAGAUAUCAGAGAAAGUAUCUGUCAAUAUAUGUCAGCCUCUUGUUUUUUUUUUUUUUCUUUGUUUAUCUAUAUCAGAAAAAGUAUCUGUCAGCCUCUUGUUUUUCUUUUUUUUUUUGUUUAUCUAUAUCAGAGAAAGUAACUGUCAGCCUCUUGUUUCUUUCUUUCUUUUUUUUUCUUUGUUUAUCUAUAUCAGAGAAAGUAUCUGUCAGCCUCUCUUUUUUCUUUUUUUUGUUUAUCUAUAUCAGAGAAAAUAUCUGUCAGCCUCUUGUUUUUUUUUCUUGUUUAUCUAUAUUCCAUCUUGUUUCUUUCUUUCUUUGUUUAUCUAUAUCAACCUCUUGUUUCUUUCUUUCUUUUCUUUGUUUAUCUAUAUCAGAGAAAGUAUCUGUCAGCCUCUUGUUUCUUUUCUUUCUUUGUUUAUCUAUAUCAGAGAAAGUAACUGUCAGCCUCUUGUUUCUUUCUUUUUUUUUUGUUUUUAUAUCAGAAAGUAUCUGUCAGCCUCUUGUUUCUUUAUUCUUUGUUUAUCUAUUUGUUUUUUUUCUAUAUCAGAGAAAUAUCUGUCAGCCUCUUGUUUUUUUUCUUUUCUUUGUUUAUCUAUAUCAGAGAAAGUAUCUGUCAGCCUCUUGUUUCUUUCUUUCUUUUUUUUCUUUGUUUAUCUAUAUCAGAGAAAAUAUAUGUCAGCCUCUUGUUCUUUCUUUUUUUCUUUUUGUUUAUCUAUAUCAGAGAAAGUAUCUGUCAGCCUCUUGUUUUUUCUUUCUUUUUUUUUUGUUUAUUUGUUUAUCUAUGUCAGAGAAAGUAUCUUUUCUUUUUUCUUUGUUUAUCUAUUCAAGUCUUUCUUUUUUUUCUUUUUUGUUUAUCUAUAUCAGAAAAGUAUCUGUCAGCCUCUUGUUUCUUUUCUUUUUGUUUUUUGUUUAUCUAUAUCAGAGAAAGUAUUUUUUUCCUGUUUAUCUAUUUCUCUUGUUUCUUUCUUUCUUUUUUUUGUUUAUCUAUAUCAGUUUAUCUUGUUUCUUUCUUUUUUGUUUAUCUAUAUCAGAGAAAGUAUCUGUCCUUUCUUUUUCUUUUUUCUAUGUUUCUUUCUUGUUUCUUUUUCUUUGUUUAUCUAUAUCAGAAAAAGUAUCUGUCAGCCUCUUGUUUCUUUUUUCUUUCUUUUUCUUUGUUUAUCUAUAUCAGAGUUUAUCUAUAUCAGUCAGCCUCUUGUUCUUUCUUUCUUUUUUUCUUUGUUUAUCUAUAUCAGAGAAAAAGUAUCUGUCAACCUCUUGUUUCUUUCUUUCUUUUUUUUUUGUUUAUCUAUAUCAGAAAAUAUAUGUCAGCCUCUUGUUUCUUUUUCUUUUUUUUUUGUUUAUCUAUAUCAGAGAAAGUAUCUGUCAGCCUCUUGUUCUUUCUUUCUUUGUUUAUCUUUCAAGAAAGUAUCUGUCAGCCUUUUUCUUUCUUUUUUUUCUUUUUUAUCUAUAUCAGAGAAAUAUAUCUGUCAGCCUCUUGUUUUUCUUUCUUUUCUUUGUUUAUCCAUAUCAGACAAUAUCUGUCAGCCUCUUGUUUCUUUCUUUCUUUUUUCUUUGUUUAUCUAUAUCAGAGAAAUAUCUGUCAGCCUCUUGUUUUUUUCUUUCUUUGUUUAUCUAUAUCAAGAAAGUAUCUGUCAGCCUCUUGUUUCUUUCUUUCUUUUUUUCUUUGUUUAUCUAUAUCAGAAAGUAUCUGUCAGCCUCUUGUUUCUUUUUUCUUUUUCUUUGUUUAUCUAUAUCAGAGAAAGUAACUGUCAGCCUCUUGUUUCUUUCUUUCUUUGUUUAUCUAUAUCAGAGAAAGUAUCUGCCUCUUGUUUUUUCUUUCUUUGUUUCUUUCUUUCUUUCUUGUUUCUUUCUUUUUCUUUUGUUUAUCUAUAUCAGAGAAAGUAUCUGUCAGCCUCUUGUUUCUUUCUUUUCUUUUUUUUUUUGUUUAUCUAUAUCAGAGAAGUAUCUGUCAGCCUCUUGUUUUUUCUUUCUUUGUUUAUCUAUAUCAGAGAAAGUAUCUGUCAGUCUCUUGUUUCUUUCUUUUUUUUUUUUCUUUGUUUAUCUAUAUCAGAGAAAGUAUCUGUCAGCCUCUUGUUUCUUUCUUUCUUUUCUUUUAUCUAUAUCAGAGAAAAUAACUGUCAACCUCUUGUUUCUUUCUUUUUUUUUUUGUUUAUCUAUAUCAGAGAAAGUAUCUGUCAGCCUCUUGUUUCUUUCUUUUUCUUUUUUUAUCUAUAUCAGAGACAAUAUAUAUGUCAGCCUCUUGUUUCUUUUUUUUUUUUUGUUUAUCUAUAUCAGAAAAAGUAUCUGUCAGCCCUCUUGUUUCUUUUUUUCUUUCUUUUUCUUUAUAUAAAGUAUCUUCAGCCUCUUGUUUUUUCUUUCUUUUUUUUGUUUAUCUAUAUCAGAGAAAGUAUCUGUCAGCCUCUUGUUCUUUCUUUCUUUUUUCUUUGUUUAUCUAUAUCAGAGAAAGUAUCUAUGUCCAACCUCUUGUUUCUUUCUUUUUUUUCUUUUGUUUUCUUAUCAGAAAAGUAUCUGUCAGCCUCUUUGUUUCUUUCUUUGUUUAUCUAUAUCAGAGAAAAUAUAUGUCAGCCUCUUUGUUUCUUUCUUUUUUUUUUUUUGUUUAUCUAUAUCAGAAAGUAUCUGUCAGCCUCUUGUUUUUUUCUUUCUUUGUUUAUCUAUAUCAGAGAAAGUAACUGUCAACCUUCUUGUUUCUUUUUUUUUUUUUUUUUAUUGUUUAUCUAUAUCAGAAAAAGUAUCUGUCAGCCUCUUGUUUUUUUCUUUCUUUGUUUAUCUAUAUCAGAGAAAAUAUAUAUGUCAGCCUCUUGUUUUUUUCUUUUUUUUUUUUGUUUAUCUAUAUCAGAGAAAGUAUCUGUCAGCCUCUUGUUUUCUUUCUUUUUUUCUUUGUUUAUCUAUAUCAGAGAAAGUAUCUGUCAGCCUCUUGUUUCUUUCUUUCUUUUUUUCUUUGUUUAUCUAUAUCAGAGAAAAUAUCUCGUCUCCUCCUCUUUUUUUUCUUUCUUUCUUUUCUUUCUUUUAUCUAUAUCAGAGAAAUCAAGUAUCUGUCAACCUCUUGUUUCUUUCUUUCUUUGUUUAUCUAUAUCAGAGAAAGUAACUCUCAGCCUCUUGUUUCUUUCUUUCUUUGUUUUCUUUGUUUAUCUAUAUCAGAGAAAGUAUCUGUCAGCCUCUUGUUUCUUUUUUUUUCUUUGUUUAUCUAUAUCAGAGAAAAUAUCUGUCAGCCUCCCCUUUGUUUAUCUUAUCUUUCUUUUUUUCUUUCUUUAUUCUUUAUCAGAGAAAGUAUCUGUCAACCUCUUGUUCUUUCUUUCUUUUUUUCUUUUGUUUAUCUAUAUCAGAGAAAUAUGUCAGCCUCUUGUUUCUUUCUUUUUUUUUUAUCUAUAUCAUAUCAGCCUCAAUAUCUGUUUCUUUCUUUUUUUUCUUUCUUUCUUUGUUUAUCUAUAUCAGAGAAAGUAUAUGUCAGCUCUCUUGUUUUCUUUCUUUUUUUUUUUUAUCUAUAUCAGAGAAAGUAUCUGUCAGCCUCUUGUUUCUUUCUUUCUUUGUUUAUCUAUAUCAGAGAAAUAUAACUGUCAGCCUCUUGUUUCUUUCUUUUUUUUUUUUUAUCUAUAUCUAGAAAAUAUCUAUCAGCCUCAGAAAAGUAUCAGAGAAAGUAUCUGUCAGCCUCUUGUUUCUUUUUCUUUGUUUAUCUAUUCUUUUUCUUUGUUUUUCUUUGUUUAUCUAUAUCAGAGAAAACUCUCAGCCUCUUGUUUUUUCAUUGUUUAUCUAUAUCAGAAAAGUAACUGUCAGCCUCUUGUUCUUUCUUUCUUUUUUUCUUUGUUUAUCUAUAUCAGAAAAUAUCUGUCAACCUCUUGUUUUUUUUCUUUUUUUUCUUUGUUUAUCUAUAUCAGAGAAAGUAUCUGUCAGACUCCUCUUUCUUUCUUUUUUUUUUUCUUUGUUUAUCUAUAUCAGAAAGUAUCUGUCAGCCUCUUGUUUCUUUCUUUCUUUGUUUAUCUAUAUCAGAGAAAAUCUUAUCUUUUUUUCUUUUUUUCUUUGUUUAUCUAUAUCAAGAAAGUAUUCAGCCUCUUUCUUUCUUUUUUCUUUGUUUAUCUAUAUCUGAGAAAGUAUUUGUCAGCCUCUUGUUUCUUUCUUUCUUUGUUUAUCUAUAUCAGAGAAAGUAUCUGUCAGUCUCUUGUUUCUUUCUUUCUUUUUUUCUUUGUUUAUCUAUAUCAGAGAAAAAAGUAUCUUGUUUCUUUCUUUCUUUUUUUCUUUGUUUAUCUAUAUCAGAGAAAGUAUCUGUCAGCCUCUAGUUUUUUUCUUUCUUUGUUUAUCUAUAUCAGAGACAAUAUAUGUCAGCCUCUUGUAUCUUUCUUUUUUUCUUUGUUUAUCUAUAUCAGAGAAAGUAUCUGUCAGCCUCUUGUUUCUUUCUUUCUUUGUUUAUCUAUAUCAGAGAAAAGAAAGUAUCUGUCAGCCUCUUGUUUCUUUCUUUCUUUUUUUAUCUAUAUCAGAGAAAAUAACUGUCAACCUCUUGUAUCUUUCUUUUUUUCGUUGUUUAUCUAUAUCAGAGAAAGUAUCUGUCAGCCUCUUGUUUCUUUCUUUCUUUGUUUAUCUAUAUCAGAGAAAGUAACUGUCAGCCUCUUGUUUCUUUCUUUCUUUUUUUUUGUUUAUCUAUAUCAGAGAAAGUAUCUGUCAGCCUCUUGUUUCUUUCUUUCAUUGUUUAUCUAUUAUCAGAAAAAGUAUCUGCCAACCUCUCAGCCUCUUGUUUCUUUUUUUUCUUUUUUCUUUGUUUAUUUCUUUAUCUAUAUCAGAAAGUAUCUCAUUUCUUUCUUUUUUUUUCUUUGUUUGUUUAUAUCAGAGAAAGUAUAUGUCAGCCUCUUGUUUCUUUCUUUCUUUUUUCUUUGUUUAUCUAUAUCAGAUCUGUCAGCCUAUCUGUCAACCUAUCAAGAAAUGUUUCAGCCUUUCUUUUUUUUCUUUGUUUAUCUAUAUCAGAAAAGUAUCUGUCAGCCUCUUGUUUCUUUCUUUUUUCUUUGUUUAUCUAUAUCAGAAAGUAUAUGUCAACCUCUUAAAAUAUCUGUCAGCCUCUUGUUUUUUCUUUCUUUUUCUUUGUUUAUCUUUCUUUUUUUCUUUGUUUAUCUAUAUCAGAGAAAGUAUCUGUCAGCCUCUUGUUUCUUUCUUUUUUUUCUUUGUUUAUCUAUAUCAGAAAAGUAUCUGUCAGCCUCUUGUUUCUUUCUUUUUUUUGUUUAUCUAUAUCAGAGAAAAUAUAUCUGUCAACCUCUUGUUUCUUUCUUUUCUUUGUUUAUCUAUCAGAAAAAUAUAUGUCAACCUCUUGUUUUUCUUUCUUUCUUUUGUUUAUCUAUAUCAGAAAAACUUCAUCCAGCCUUUUUUUCUUGUUUCUUAUCUUUCUUUUUCUUUGUUUAUCUAUAUCAGAAAAGUAUCUGUCAGCCUCUUGUUUUUUUCUUUCUUUUUUCUUUGUUUAUCUUUCUUUUUUUCGUUGUUUAUCUAUCAGAGAAAAGUAUCUGUCAACCUCUUGUUUCUUUCUUUUUUCUUUGUUUAUCUUUGUUUAUCAUAUCAAAGUAUCUGUCAGCCUCUUGUUUCUUUCUUUCUUUGUUUAUCUAUAUCAGAAAAGUAACUGUCAACCUCUUGUUUCUUUCUUUCUUUUUUUUGUUUAUCUAUAUCAGAGAAAGUAUCUGUCAGCCUCUUGUUUCUUUCUUUCUUUGUUUAUCUAUAUCAGAAAGUAUCUGUCAGCCUCUUGUUUCUUUCUUUCUUUUUUUUUUUUAUCUAUAUCAGAGAAAGUAUCUGUCAGCCUCUUGUUUCUUUCUUUCUUUUUGUUUAUCUAUAUCAGAUAAAAGUCUGUCAACCUCUUGUUUCUUUCUUUUUUUCUUUGUUUAUCUAUAUCAGAGAAAGUAUCUGUCAGCCUCUUGUUUCUUUCUUUCUUUGUUUAUCUAUAUCAGAGACAAUAUAUGUCAGCCUCUUGUUUCUUUCUUUUUUUCUUUGUUUAUCUAUAUCAGAGAAAGUAACUGUCAGCCUCUUGUUUCUUUCUUUCUUUUUUUCUUUGUUUAUCUAUAUCAGAGAAAGUAUCUGUCAGCCUCUUGUUUCUUUCUUUCUUUGUUUAUCUAUAUCAGAGAAAGUAUCUGUCAGCCUCUUGUUUCUUUCUUUCUUUUUUUUUUGUAUCUAUCAGAGAAAUAUCUGUCAGCCUCUUUGUUUUCUUUUUUUCUUUGUUUAUCUAUAUCAGAGAAAAUAUCUGUCAGCCUCUUGUUUUUUCUUUCUUUCUUUGUUUAUCUAUAUCAGAUAAUAUAUGUCAGCCUCUUGUUUCUUUCUUUUUUUUUCUUUUGUUUAUCUAUAUCAGAGAAAGUAUCUGUCAGCCUCUUGUUUCUUUCUUUCUUUGUUUAUCUAUAUCAGAAAAAGUAUCUGUCAGCCUCUUGUUUCUUUCUUUCUUUCUUUUUUUUUCUUUUUUUGUCUAUAUCAGUAAAAUAUCUGUCAAUUCUUUUUUCUUUCUUUGUUUAUCUAUAUCAGAGAAUAUCUGUCAGCCUCUUUUUUUCUUUCUUUUUUUUGUUUAUCUAUAUCAGAAAAGUAACUGUCAGCCUCUUGUUUCUUUCUUUCUUUUGUUUAUCUAUAUCAGAAAAGUAUCUGUCAGCCUCUUGUUUCUUUCUUUCUUUGUUUAUCUAUAUCAGAGAAACCUCUUGUUUUUUUCUUUCUUUGUUUAUCUAUAUCAGAGACAAUAUCUGUCAGCCUCUUGUUUCUUUCUUUUUUUCUUUCUUUUCAGUUUAUCUCUUGUUUCUUUUCUUUUCUUUGUUUAUCUAUAUCAGAGAAAGUAACUGUCAGCCUCUUGUUUCUUUCUUUCUUUUUUCUUUAUUUAUAUCAGAGACAAUAUCUGUCAGCCUCUUGUUUCUUUCUUUUUUUUUCUUUGUUUAUCUAUAUCCAGAAAGUAUCUGUCAGCCUCUUCUUUUUUCUUUCUUUUCUUUGUUUAUCUAUAUCAGAGAAAGUAACUGUCAGCCUCUUGUUUCUUUCUUUUUUUUUUUUGUUUAUCUAUAUCAGAGAAAACUAUCUCGUCUCUCCUCUUUCUUUCUUUCUUUUUCUUUGUUUAUCUAUAUCAGAGAAAGUAUCUGUCAGCCUCUUGUAUCUUUCUUUUUUUUCUUUGUUUAUCUAUAUCAGAGAAAGUAUCUGUCAGCCUCUUGUUUCUUUCUUUUUAGUUUAUCUAUAUCAGAGAAAGUAACUGUCAGCCUCUUUUUAUCUAAUCAUAUAUCUGUCAGCCUCUUGUUUCUUUCUUUCUUUGUUUAUCUAUAUCAGAAAGUAACUAUCCAGCCUCUUUGUUCUUUCUUGUUUCUUUUCUUUCUUUGUUUUUCUUUUUCUUUGUUUAUCUAUAUCAGAGAAAGUAUCUGUCAGCCUCUUGUUUCUUUCUUUCUUUUGUUUAUCUAUAUCAGAAAAACUGUCAUCUCUUCCUUCUUUCUUUCUUUUUUCUUUGUUUAUCUAUAUCAAAGUAUCUUAUCAUCAGCCUCUUGUUUCUUUUCUUUCUUUGUUUAUCUAUAUCAGAGAAAUAUAUCUGUCAGCCUCUUCUAUAUCAGAGAAAGUAUCUGUCAGCCUCUUGUUUAUCUAUAUCAGAAAAGUAACUGCCAGCCUCUUUUUCUUUCUUUCUUUUUUCUUUGUUUAUCUAUAUCAGAAAAUAUCUGUCAGCCUCUUGUUUUCUUUCUUUUUCUUUGUUUAUCUAUAUCAGAGAAAGUAUCAGUCCAGCCUCUUAGAAAAUAUCUGUCAGCCUCUUUUUUUCUUUCUUUUCUUUGUUUAUCUAUAUCAGAAAGUAUCUGUAUCAGCCUCUUGUUUCUUUCUUUUGUUUUUUCUUUUGUUUAUCUAUAUCAGAGAAAAUAUCUGUCAGCCUCUUGUUUCUUUUCUUUCUUUGUUUUAUCUAUAUCAGAGAAAAUAUCUGUCGUCCUCUUGUAUCUUUCUUUUUUCUUUGUUUAUCUAUAUCAGAAAGGUAUUUUGUCAGCCUCUUGUUUCUUUUGUUUUCUUAUCAUAGAAAUUCUCUUGUUUCUUUCUUUCUUUUUUCUUUGUUUAUCUAUAUCAGAGAAAGUAUCUGUCAACCUCUUUGUUUUUUCUUUUUUUGUUUAUCUAUAUCAUAGAAAAUAUAUCCUUCAGCCUCUUUUGUUUUCUUUCUUUUUUAUUUAUCUAUCAGAGAAAAUAAUUGUCAGCCUCUUGUUUCUUUCUUUCUUUUUUUUGUUUAUUUAUCUAUAUCCAGAGAAAGUAUCUGUCAGCCUCUUGUUUCUUUCUUUCUUUGUUUAUCUAUAUCAGAAAAUAUAUGUCAGCCUCUUGUUUCUUUCUUUCUUUUUUCUUUGUUUAUCUAUAUCAGAGAAAGUAUCUGUCAGCCUCUUGUUUCUUUCUUUUUUCUUUGUUUAUCUAUAUCAGAGAAAGUAUCUGUCAGCCUCUUGUUUCUUUCUUUCUUUGUUUUUCUAUUGUUUAUCUAUAUGUCAGCCUUUUUCUGUAUCUUAUCAGCCUUUCAGACUCUUGUUUUUUUUUUCUUUUUGUUUAUCUAUAUCAGAGAAAGUAUCUGUCAGCCUCUUGUUUCUUUCUGUCUUUGUUUCUCUAUCUAUAUCAGAAAAUCCAAAUAACUGUCAGACUCUUGUUUCUUUCUUUCUUUUUUUUCUUUGUUUAUCUAUAUCAGAGAAAGUAACUGUCAGCCUCUUACUCUUGUAUCUUCUUUGUUUAUCUAUAUCAGAAAAGUAUCUUUCUUGUUUCUUUCUUUCUUUAUCUAUAUCCAGAAAAGUAUAUGUCAGCCUCUUUUCUUUUUUAUCUUUCUUUCUUUUUUUCUUUUCUCUAUAUCAAGUCAAAAUCUGUCAGCCUCUUGUUCUUUCUUUCUUUGUUUGUCAUCUAUAUCAUAAACCAAUUAUGUCAGCCUCUUGUUUCUUUCUUUCUUUGUUUAUCUAUAUCAGAGAAAGUAUUUGUCAGCCUCUUGUUUCUUUCUUUUUUCUUUCUUUGUUUAUCUAUAUCAGAAAAAUAUCUGUCAGCCUCUUGUUUCUUUCUUUUUCUUUGUUUAUCUAUAUCAGAGAAAGUAUCUGUCAGUUUCCUCUUUGUUUCUUUCUUUGUCAGCCUCUUGUAUCUUUCUUUUUUUGUUUAUCUAUAUCAGAGAAAGUAACUGUCAGCCUCUUGUUUUUCUUUCUUUUCUUUGUUUAUCUAUAUCAGAAAAAUAUAUGUCAGCCUCUUAUUUCUUUCUUUUUUUUUUUCGGCCUCCCAUAUCAGAAAAAGUAUAUGUCAGUCUCUUUCUUUGUUUCUUUCUUUUUUUCUUUCUUUAUCUAUAUCAGAGAAAGUAUCUGUCAGCCUCUUGUUUCUUUCUUUCUUUGUUUAUCUAUAUCAGAAAAUAACUGUCAGCCUCUUGUUUCUUUCUUUCUUUUUUUUCUUUGUUUAUCUAUAUCAGAAAAGUAUCUGUCCUUCUCUUUAUCUGUUGCCUCUUGUUUCUUUCUUUCUUUUUUUUUGUUUAUCUAUAUCCAGAGAGAAUUUAACAACCCUUGUUUCUUUCUUUUCUUUGUUUAUCUAUAUCAAAAAUAUGUCAGCCUCUUGUAUCUUUCUUUUCUUUCUUUGUUUAUCUAUAUCAGAUCAAAGUAUCUGUCAGCCUCUUGUUUCUUUCUUUCUUUUUUCUUUGUUUUAUCUAUAUCAGAAAAGUAUCUGUCAACCUUUCUUGUUUUAUCUUUCUUUCUUUUUUCUUUGUUUAUCUAUAUCAGAAAAAUCUGUCAGCAUCUUGUUCUUUCUUUCUUUGUUUAUCUAUAUCAGAAAAGUAACUCUCAGCCUCUUUUUCUUUCUUUCUUUUUUUUUCUUUAUCAUAUCAGAGAAAGUAUCUGUCAGCCUCUUGUUUCUUUCUUUCUUUUGUUUAUCUAUAUCAGAAAAGUAACUGUCAACCUCUUGUUUCUUUCUUUCUUUUUCUUUCUUUGUUUAUCUAUAUCAGAGAAAGUAUCAUCAACUCUUGUUUCUUUCUUUCUUUUGUUUAUCUAUAUCAGAAAAGUAACUGUCAGCCUCUUGUUUUUCUUUCUUUCUUUCUUUGUUUAUCUAUAUCAAAGAAAGUAUCUGUCAGCCUCUUGUUUCUUUCUUUCUUUGUUUUUAUCUAUAUCAGAGAAAGUAACUCUCAUUGUUUUUCUUUCUUUCUUUCUUUGUUUAUCUGUAUCAGAGAAAGUAUCUGUCAGCCUCUUGUUUCUUUCUUUUUUUUCUUUUUUAUCUAUAUCAGUUUAUUAUUUCUUUCUUUCCUAUAUCAGUUUAUCUAUAUCAGAAAGUAACUGUCAGCCUCUUGUUUCUUUCUUUUUUUUCUUUCUUUGUUUAUCUAUAUCCAGAGAAAAUAUCUGUCAGCCUCUUGUUCCUUUCUUUCUUUGUUUAUCUAUAUCAGAAAAUAUCUGUCAGCCUUUGUUUAUCUAUGUCAAGAUAAAUAUCAUCUGUCAACCUCUUGUUUCUUUCUUUCUUUCUUUUUCUUUUGUUUAUCUAUAUCAGAGAAAGUAUCUGUCAGCCUCUUGUUUCUUUCUUUCUUUUGUUUAUCUAUAUCAGAGAAUCUGUCAAUAUAUAGAAAUAUAUCAUAACCUCUUGUUUUUCUUUCUUUUUUCUUUGUUUGUCUAUAUCAGAAAAGUAUCUUUGUCCCUCUUGCUUGUUGUUUCUUUUUUUCUUUGUUUAUCUUUUCUUUCUUUGAAAAUAACUGUCAGCCUCUUGUUUCUUUCUUUUCUUUUUUUCUUUGUUUAUCUAUAUCAGAAAAGUACCUGUCAUCCUCUUGUUUCUUUCUUUUUUGUUUAUCUAUAUCAGAGAAAAUCUGUCAGACUCUUUUUCUUUCUUUCUUUUUUUAUCUAUAUCAGAAAAAAUCUGUCAGCCUCUUGUUUUUUCUUUUUUGUUUAUCUAUAUCAGAAUAAUAUAUGUCAGCCUCUUGUUUCUUUCUUUCUUUUUUUCUUUGUUUAUCUAUAUCAGAAAGUAUCUGUCAGCCUCUUGUUUCUUUCUUUUUUCUUUGUUUAUCUGUAUAUCAGAGAAAGUAUCUGUCAGCCUCUUCUUCUUUCUUUCUUUGUUUAUCUAUAUCAGAGAAAAUAUUUGUCAGCCUCUUGUUUCUUUCUUUCUUUGUUUAUCUAUAUCAGAAAGUAUCUGUCAGAUCUCAACCUUUCUUUCUUUUUUUUUUUCUUUGUUUAUCUAUAUCAGAUAGUAACUGUCAGCCUCUUAGUUCUUUCUCUUUUCUCUUGUAUUCUUUCUUUCUUUUUUUUUGUUUAUCUAUAUCAGAAAGUAUCUGUCUUUCUCUUUUUUUUUUCUUUCUUUUUUUUGUUUAUCUAUAUCAGAGAAAGUAUCUGUCAUGCCUCUUUAUUCUUUGUUUUUUUCUUUUCUUUGUUUAUCUAUAUCAGAAAAUAUAUUGUCAGCCUCUUGUUUCUUUCUUUUUCUUUGUUUAAAAGUAUCAGAAAAAGUAUCUGUCAGCCUCUUGUUUCUUUCUUUCUUUGUUUUCUUUGUUUAUCAUAUCAAAUAUAUGUCAGCCUCUUUUUCUUUCUUUCUUUUUUAUUUAUUUAUCUUUCAGAGAAAGUUCUGUCAGCCUCUUGUUUCUUUCUUUCUUUUUUUUUUUUAUCUAUAUCAGAGAAAGUAUCUGUCAUAUCUUGUUUCUUUCUUUUCUUUAUUUAUCAUAUCAGAAAAUCUUUCUUUUUUCUCUUUUUUCUUUUCAUUUCUUUUUUUUUUUUUCUGUUUAUCUAUAUCAGAAAGUAUCUGUCAGCCUCUUGUUUUCUUUCUUUUUUCUUUGUUUAUCUAUAUCAGAGAAAGAAAAUAUAUGUCAGCCUCUUGUAUCAUUCUUUCUUUUUUUUUAUCUUUGUUUAUCUAUAUCAGAGAAAAGUAACUGUCAGCCUCUUGUUUCUUUCUUUCUUUUUCUUUAUCUAUAUCAGAAAAAUAUCAUCAGCCUCUUUCCUCUUUUUUCUUUUUCUUUGUUUAUCUAUAUCAAGAAGUAUCUGUCAUCCUCUUGUUUCUUUCUUUCUUUCUUUUUCUUUAUCUUUAUCUAUAUUUCCUCUUUUUCUUUUCUUUCUUUUUUUCUUUGUUUAUCUAUAUCAGAAAGUAUCUGUCAGCCCUUUUGUUUCUUUCUUUCUUUGUUUAUCUAUAUCAGAGAAACCUCUUGUUUCUUUUUUCUUUUUUUGUUUAUCUAUAUCCAAGAAAAAUCUGUCAGCCUCUUGUUUCUUUCUUUCUUUUUUUAUCUAUAUCAGACAAAUAUAUGUCCAGCCUCUUUACUUUUCUUUUUUUCUUUGUUUAUCUAUAUCAGAAAGUAUCUGUCAAUAUCUUUUUUCUUUUCUUUUCUUUGUUUUUCUAUAUCAGAAAAGUAAAAGUCAGCCUCUUGUUUCUUUCUUUCUUUGUUUAAUAUAUAAAUCAAAGUAUCUGUCAACCUCUUGUUUCUUUUCUUUCUUUGUUUAUCUAUAUCAAAGAAAAUAUCUGUCAGCCUCUUGUAUCUUUCUUUUUCUUUGUUUAUCUAUAUCAGAACGAAAGUAUCUGUCAACCCUCUUCUUUUCUUUUUCUUUUUCUUUGUUUAUCUAUAUCAGAAAAAAGACUGUCCAGCCUCUUGUUUCUUUCUUUCUUUUUUCUUUGUUUAUCUAUAUCAGAAAAGUAUCUGUCAGCCUCUUGUUUCUUUCUUUUUUUCUUUGUUUAUCUAUAUCAGAAAGUAUCUGUCACCUCUUGUUUCUUUCUUUCUUUGUUUAUCUAUAUCAGAGAAAAUAUAUGUCAGCCCCUCUUAAAAGUAUCUGUCAGCCUCUUAUUUCUUUCUUUCUUUGUUUUAUCUAUAUCAAGUCAGUAACUGUCAACCUCUUGUUUCUUUCUUUCUUUUUCUUUGUUUAUCUAUAUCAGAGAAAUAUCUGUCAGCCUCUUGUUUUUUCUUUCUUUUUUUUAUCUCAGAAAAUAUCUCAGAAAGUAUCUUUUUUCUUUGUUUAUCUCUUGUCAGCCUUUUGUUUCUUUUUUCUUUGUUUAUCUAUAUCAGAAAAUAUAUCUCCAGCCUCUUGUUUCUUUCUUUCUUUUUUUCUGUAUCAGAAAGUAUCUGUCAGCCUCUUGUUUCUUUCUUUCUUUUCUUUAUCUAUUUAUCUAUAUCAAAAGAAAAAGUCAGCCUCUUUCUUGUUUCUUUCUUUCUUUUUUCUUUUUUAUCUAUAUCAGAAAGUAACUGUCAGCCUCUUGUUUCUUUUUUCUUUUUAUCUUUGUUUAUCUAUAUCAGAGAAAGUAACUGUGUCAGCCUCUUGUUUCUUUCUUUCUUUUUUUUAUCUAUAUCAGAAAAAUAUAUGUCAUCCUCUUGUUUCUUUCUUUUCUUUUUCUUUGUUUAUCUAUAUCAGAGAAAGUAUCUGUCAACCUCUUGUUUCUUUCUUUCUUUUUUUCUUUGUUUAUCUAUAUCAGAGAAAGUAUCUGUCAGCCUCUUGUUUUUCUUUCUUUCUUUCUUUUUUUCUUUGUUUAUCUAUAUCAGUGAAAGUAUCUGUCAGCCUCUUGUAUCUUUCUUUCUUUUUCUUUGUUUAUCUAUAUCAGAGAAAAUAUCUGUCAGCCUCUUGUUUCUUUCUUUCUUUUGUUUAUCUAUAUCAGAAAAAUAUCUGUCAGCCUCUUGUUUCUUUCUUUUUUCUUUGUUUAUCUAUAUCAGAGAGAAAGUAUCUGUCAGCCUCUUGUUUCUUUUUUUUCUUUGUUUAUCUAUAUCAGAAAGUAGUUCAAUAUUUCUGUCAGCCUCUUGAUUUCUUUUUUUUUUCUUUGUUUAUCUAUAUCAGAAAAGAUCUGUCAGCCUCUUGUUUCUUUUUUUUCUUUGUUUAUCUAUAUCAGAGAAAAGAUAUGUCAACCUCUUGUUUCUUUCUUUCUUUCAUUAUCUAUAUCUUUCUUUCUUUCUUUGAAUCAUAUAUAAAUGUCAGCCUCUUGUUUCUUUCUUUUUUCUUUGUUUAUCUAUAUCAGAGAAAGUAUCUGUCAGCCUCUUGUUUCUUUCUUUCUUUAGAAAUAUCUGUCAGCCUCUUGUUUCUUUCUUUCUUUGUUUAUCUAUAUCUAGAAAAUAUAUGUCAGCCUCUUGUUUCUUUCUUUUCUUUUUUCUUUCUUGUUUAUCUAUAUCAGAAAAAAUCUGUCAGCCUCUUGUUUCUUUCUUUCUUUUUUUAUCUAUAUCAUAAGAAAAGAUCUGUCAGUCUCUUUUUCUUUUCUUUUUCUUUGUUUAUCUAUAUCAGAGAAAAUAUCCUGUCAGCCUCUUGUUUCUUUCUUUCUUUGUUUAUCUAUAUCAGAGAAAGUAUCUGUCAACCUCUUGUUUCUUUUUCUUUUCAGUUUUUUUCUUUGUUUUAUCUAUAUCUUUCUUUUUUCUUUCAGCCUCUUCAUUCUUUCUUUCUUUUUUCUUUCAAAUCUUUAUCUUUCUUUGUCAACCUCUUGUUUCUUUCUUUCUUUUCUUUCUUCUAUUUAUCAGAGAAAGUUCUGUCAGCCUCUUGUCUUUUCUUUCUUUUUUUCUUUGUUUUAUCUAUAUCAGAAAGUAUCUUUCAGCCUCUUCCUUCUUUCUUUCUUUUUAUCUAUAUCAGAGACAAUUUAUCAGUCUCUGGUUUCUUUCUUUCUUUAUCCAGAGAAAGUAUCUGUCAACCCUCUUUCUUUCUUUCUUUGUUUAUCUAUAUCAGAGUUUCCUAUCUUUCUUUCCUUUUUUUCUUUGUUUCUUUCUUUUCUUUUUCUUUGUUUAUCUAUAUCUUUGAAAGUAACUGUCAGCCUCUUGUUUCUUUCUUUCUUUUUUUUUUUCUUUGUUUAUCUAUAUCAGAAAAGUAUCUGUCAGCCUCUUGUUUCUUUCUUUCUUUCUUUCUUUUUUUUAUCUAUAUCCAGAAAGUUCUGUCAGCCUCUUGUUUCUUUCUUUUUUUUUCUUUGUUUAUCUAUAUCAGAAAGUCAGCCUUUGUUUCUUUCUGUCAAUUUCCUGAAGGCUUGUUUCUUUCUUUCUUUCUUUGUUUAUCUAUAUCAGAGAAAGUUCUGUCAGCCUCUUGUUUUUUCUUUCUUUGUUUAUCUAUAUCAGAGUUUAUCUGUCAACCUCUUGUUUCUUUCUUUCUUUUUUCAGCCUUUGUUUCUUUCUGUUUAUCUAUAUCAGAGAAAAUAUCUGUCAGCCUCUUGUUUCUUUUCUUUCUUUGUUUAUCUAUAUCAAAAGAAAAUAUCUUCUUUGUCAGCCUCUUUUUUCUUUUUUUUUCUUUGUUUAUCUAUAUCAGAAAAAAUUAUCUGUCAUCCUCUUGUUUCUUUUAUUUCUUUCUUUCUUUGUUUAUCUAUAUCAAGAAAGUAUCUGUCGAUUCUUUUUCUUUCUUUCUUUUUUUAUUUUUUGUUUAUCUAUAUCUGUCAUUCUCUUCGUUCACUGUCAUCUCUUGUUUUCUUUCUUUUUCUUUUUUUUAUCUAUAUCAGAGAAAAGUCAGCCUCUUGUUUCUUUCUUUCUUUCUUUGUUUAUCUAUAUCAGAGAAAGUAUUUGUCAGCCUCUUGUUUCUUUCUUUCUUUUUUCUUUGUUUAUCUAUAUCAGAGAAAGUAUCUGUCAGCCUCUUGUUUUUUCUUUCUUUUUUUUUCUAUAUCAUAAAAGUAUCUGUCAGCCUCUUGUUUCUUUCUUUCUUUUGUUUAUCUAUAUCCAGAGAAAAAAUAUGUCAGCCUCUUGUUUUUUCUUUCUUUUAUUGUUUAUCUAUAUCAGGAAAGUAUAUGUCAGCCUCUUGUUUUCUUUUUUUGUUUAUCUUUAUAUCAGAGAAAGUAUCUGUCAGCCUCUUUGUUUCUCUUUCUUUUUUUUUUUAUCUAUAUAUCAGCCUCUUUUUCUUUCUUUCUUUAGUUAUCUAUAUCAGAAAGUAUCUGUUUCUUUUUUCUUUCUUUCUUUUUCUUUGUUUAUCUAUAUCUGAAAAUAUUUGUCAGCCUCUUUUCUUUCUUUUUUCUUUGUUUAUCUAUAUCAGAAAGUAUCUGUCAACCUCUUGUUUCUUUCUUUCUUUUUUCUUUGUUUAUCUAUAUCAGAAAAAAAAAUAUAUUCUUUCUUUUCUUUCUUUUUCUUUGUUUAUCAUAUCAAGUAACUAUCAGCCUCUUGUUUCUUUCUUUCUUUCUUUGUUUAUCUAUAUCAUUGUUAUCAACAGCCUCUUGUUUCUUUCUUUCAUUUAUCAAAAAAUAUGUCAGCCUCUUGUUUCUUUCUUUCUUUUUUUGUUUAUCUAUAUCAGAAAAGUAACUGUCAGCCUCUUGUUUCUUUCUUUCUUUCUUUGUUUAUCUAUAUCAGAAAAUAUCUGUCAACCUCUUGUUUCUUUCUUUCUUUUUUUAUCUAUAUCAGAGACAUUAUCUGUCCCUCUUUGUUUCUUUCUUUGUUUAUCUAUUCAGAAAGUAUCCGUUUCUUGUUUUCUUUCUUUCUUUGUUUAUCUAUAUCAGAAAAGUAUCUGUCAGCCUCUUGUUUUUUCUUUCUUUCUUUGUUUAUCUAUAUAUCAAAGUAACUAUCAGCCUCUUGACUUUUUCUUUCUUUUGUUUCUUUCUUUCUUUUUUUCUUUGUUUAUCUAUAUCAGAAAAGUAUCUGUCAGCCUCUUUUUCUGUCAGCCUCUUGUUCUUUCUUUCUUUCUUUCUUUAUUUAUCUAUAUCAGAGAAAUAUCUGUCAACCUCUUGUUUCUUUCUUUCUUUGUUUAUCUAUAUCAGAAAGAAAGUAUCUAUCAGCCUCUUGUUUCUUUCUUUCUUUUUUUCUUUCUUUAUCUAUAUCAGAAAAGUAUCUGUCAAUCUCUUGUUUCUUUCUUUCUUUGUUUAUCUAUAUCAGAAAGUAUCUGUCAGAUCUUGUUCUUUCUUUCUUUUUUCUUUGUUUUAUCUAUAUCAGAAAAGUAUCUGUCAAAUCUUGUUUCUUUCUUUUCUUUGUUUUAUCUAUAUCAGAAAAGUAUCUGUCAGACUCUUGUUUCUUUCUUUCUUUGUUUAUCUAUAUCAGAGAAAAUAUAUGUCAGCCUCUUGUAUCUUUCUUUCUUUUUUUCUUUGUUUAUCUAUAUCAGAAAAGUAUCUGUCAGCCUCUUGUUUCUUUCUUUCUUUUCUUUGUUUGUUUAUCUAUAUCAGAAAAGUAUCUGUCUAGCCUCUUUUUCUUUCUUUCUUUGUUUAUCUAUAUCAGAAAAAGUAUCUGUCAACCUUUCUUUCUUUCUUUUUCUUUGUUUAUCUAUAUCAGAAAAAUAUCUGUCAGCCUCUUGUUUCUUUCUUUCUUUCUUUGUUUAUCUAUAUCAGAAAAGUAACUGUCAGUCUCUUGUUUCUUUCUUUCUUUUUUUAUUUAUUUAUCAUAUCAGAAAAAAACUGUCAACCUCUUGUUUCUUUUUUCUUUUCUUUGUUUAUCUAUAUCAGAAAUAUAUCUCAGCCUCUUGUACUUUCUUUUUUUCUUUCUUUGUUUAUCUAUAUCAGAAAAAUAAAAUCAGCCUCUUGUUUCUUUUUCUUUCUUUUUUCUUUGUUUAUCUAUAUCAGAAAAGUUAUCUGUCAGCCUCUUGUUUUGGUUCUUUCUUUGUUUAUCUAUAUCAGAAAAAUAUCUGUCAGCCUCUUGUUUUUUCUUUCUUUUUUUUUGUUUAUCUAUAUCAGAAAAGUAUCUGUCAGCCUCUUGUUUCUUUCUUUCUUUGUUUAUCUAUAUCAGAAAAAUAUCUGUCAGCCUCUUGUUUCUUUCUUUCUUUCUUUCUUUUUUAUCUAUAUCAGAAAAAUAUAACUGUCAAUCUCUUGUUUCUUUCUUUCUUUUUUUCUUUGUUUAUCUAUAUCAGAGAAAGUAUCUGUCAGCCUCUUGUUUCUUUCUGUCUUUGUUUUUAUCUAUAUCAGAAAAUAUAUAGUUUCUUGUAUUUUUCUUUCUUUCUUUUUUUGUUUAUCUAUAUCAGAAAGUAUCUGUCAUCUCUUGUUUCUUUCUGUCUUUGUUUAUCUAUAUCAGAGAAAAAUAUAUGUCAGCCUCUUUUUUUCUUUUCUUUGUUUAUCUAUAUCAGAAAGAAAAUAUCUGUCAGCCUCUUGUUUUCUUUCUUUCUUUCCUCUUGUUCUUUCUUCUUUUUCUUUCUUUGUUUAUCUAUAUCAGAGAAAGUAACUGUCAGCCUCUUGUUUCUUUCUUUCUUUUUUAUCUAUAUCAGAGAAAAUAUAUGUCAGCCUCUUGUUUCUUUCUUUCUUUCUUUCUUUUGUUUAUCUAUAUCAGAGAAAAGUAUCUGUCAGCCUCUUGUUAUUCGUUUCUUUCUUUUCUUUGUUUAUCUAUAUCAGAGAAAAAGUAUGUCAGUCUCUUGUUUCUUUCUUUCUUUCUUUCUUUGUUUAUCUAUAUCAGAGAAAAAUCUGUCAGCCUCUUGUUUCUUUCUUUCUUUCCUCUUGUAUCUUUCUUUCUUUAUUUCUUUUAUUUAUCUAUAUCAGAGAAAUAUCUGUCAGCCUCUUAUUUCUUUCUUUCUUUUUUUUUCUUUGUUUAUCUAUAUCAUAGAAAAUAGUUUAUCUAUAUCAGAAAAUAUCAUAACCUCUUUUUUCUUUCUUUCUUUUUUUCUUUGUUUAUCUAUAUCAGAGAAAGUAUCUGUCAGCCUCUUGUUUCUUUCUUUUUCUUUCUUUUUUCUUUGUUUAUCUAUAUCAGAGAAAGUUUGUCUUCUUGUUUCUUUCUGUCUUUGUUUAUCUAUAUCAGAGAAAGUAUCUGUCAGCCUCUUGUUUCUUUCUUUCUUUUUUCUUUGUUUAUCUAUAUCAGAGAAAAUAUCUGUCAGCCUCUUAUUUCUUUCUUUCUUUGUUUAUCUAUAUCAUAUCAAAUAUUUAUCAGUCUCUUGUAUCUUUCUUUUUCUUUCUUUUCUUUUUUUUUAUCUAUAUCAGAAAAUAUCUGUCAAGACCUCUUGUUUCUUUCUUUCUUUUUUUUUCUUUCUUUAUCUAUAUCAGAGAAAAUAUAUGUCAGCCUCUCUUUUUCUUUCUUUCUUUCUUUGUUUAUCUAUAUUAUCAUAUCAGAAAAUAUAUGUCAGCCUCUUGUUUCUUUCUUUCUUUUUUUUUGUUUAUCUAUAUCAGAAAAAUAUAUGUCAGCCUCUUGUUUCUUUCUUUCUUUCUUCUUUGUUUAUCUAUAUCAGAGAAAUAACUGUCAAACCUGUUCCUUUUGUAUCUUUUUUUUUUUCUUUGUUUUAUCUAUUCAGAAAAAGUAUCUGUCAGUCUCUUGUUUCUUUUUCUUUCUUUCUUUUUUUAUCUAUAUCAGAAAAAAGUAUCUGUCAGCCUCUUGUUUCUUUCUUUCUUUCUUUGUUUAUCUAUAUCAGAAAAAAUUUGUCAGCCUCUCUUGUUUCUUUCUGUUUCUUUGUUUAUCUAUAUCAGAAAAUAUAUGUCAGCCUCUUGUAUCUUUCUUUCUUUCUUUCUUUGUUUAUCUAUAUCAGAGAAAGUAUCUGUCAAAAAUAUAUAUCUAAAAAAAAUAUCUCUUUCUUUUUUUCUUUCUUUCUUUUUUAUCUAUAUCCAGAAAAUAUAUGUCAGCCUCUUGUUUCUUUCUUUCUUUGUUUUUUUGUUUAUCUAUAUCAGACCAGUAUCUGUCAGCCUCUUGUUUCUUUCUUUUUUUCUUUCUUUGUUUAUCUAUAUCAGAUGUAUCUGUCAGCCUAUUUUUCUUUCUUUUCUUUGUUUAUCUAUAUCAGAGAAAGUAUCUGUCCAGCCUCUUUUCUUUCUUUCUUUCUUUCUUUGUUUAUCUAUAUCAGAAAAAGUAUCUGUCAGCCUCUUUCUUUCUUUCUUUCUUUGUUUAUCUAUAUCAGAGAAAAUAUCUGUCAGCCUCUUGUUUCUUUCUUUAUUUCUUUGUUUUAUCUAUAUCAGAGAAAAUAUCUGUCUGUCAGCCUCUUGUUUCUUUCUUUCUUUGUUUAUCUAUAUCAAGAAAAUAUCUGUCCGCCUCUUGUUUCUUUCUUUCUUUCUUUCUUUGUUUAUCUAUAUCAGAAGAAAGUAUCUUCAGCCUCUUGUUUUUCUUUCUUUUUUUUUUGUUUAUCUAUAUCAGAAAAGUAUCUGUCAGCCUCUUCUUUUUUCUUUCUUUCUUUUGUUUAUCUAUAUCAGAGAAAGUAUCUGUCAACCUCUUGUUUCUUUCUUUCUUCUUUCUUUCUUUGUUUAUCUUUUAUUCAUAUCAGAGAAAGUAUCUGUCAGCCUCUUCUUUCUUUCUUUCUUUGUUUUAUCUAUAUCAGAGAAAAUAACUGUCAACCUUGUUUCUUUCUUUCUUUUUUUUUUUCUUUUUUAUCUAUAUCAGAAAAGUAUCUGUCAGCCUCUUGUUUCUUUCUUUCUUUGUUUAUCUAUAUCAGAAAAGUAACUGUCAGCCUCUUGUUUCUUUCUUUCUUUCUUUCUUUGUUUAUCUAUAUCAUUUCCAGUAUCUGUCAGCCUCUUGUUUCUUUCUUUCUUUGUUUAUCUAUAUCAGAGAAAGUAACUGUCAGCCUCUUGUUUCUUUCUUUCUUUCUUUCUUUGUUUAUCUAUAUCAGAGAAAGUAUCUGUCAGCCUCUUGUUUCUUUCUUUCUUUGUUUAUCUAUAUCAGAGAAAGUAUCUGUCAGCCUCUUGUUUCUUUCUUUCUUUUUUUCUUUGUUUAUCUAUAUCAGAAAAUAUCUGUCAGCCUCUUGUUUCUUUCUUUCUUUGUUUAUCUAUAUCAGAGAAAUAUCCUGUCAGCCUCUUGUUUCUUUCUUUCUUUGUUUAUCUAUAUCAGAGAAAGUAUCUGUCAAACUCUUGUUUCUUUCUUUUUUUUUUCUUUGUUUAUCUAUAUCAGAGAAGUAUCUGUCAGCCUCUUGUUUCUUUCUUUCUUUGUUUAUCUAUAUCAGAAAAAAGAAAGUUUUUUGUUUCUUUCUUUCUUUAUUUAUCUAUAUCAGAGAAAGUAUCUGUCAGCCUCUUGUUUCUUUCUUUCUUUGUUUAUCUAUAUCAGAGAAAGUAUCUGUCAACCUCUUUUCUUUCUUUGUUUAUCUUUCUUUUUCUUUGUUUAUCUAUAUCAGAAAAGUAUUUGUCAGCCUCUUGUUUUUCUUUCUUUUUUCUUUGUUUAUCUAUAUCAGAGAAAGUAUCUGUCAACCUCUUGUUUCUUUCUUUCUUUUUUUUUCUUUGUUUAUCUAUAUCAGAAAGUAUCUGUCAGCCUCUUGUUUCUUUCUUUUUCUUUGUUUAUCUAUAUCAAUUAAAAAUAUAUGUCAGCCUCUUGUUUUUUUUCUUUCUUUCUUUGUUUAUCUAUAUCAAAAGUAUAUGUCAACCUCUUGUUUCUUUCUUUCUUUUUUUCUUUGUUUAUCUAUAUCAGAAAGUAUCUGUCAGCCUCUUGUUUCUUUCUUUCUUUUUUUAUCUAUAUCAGAAAAAUAUCUGUCAACCUCUUGUUUUCUUUCUUUCUUUGUUUAUCUAUAUCAGAGAAAGUAUCUGUCAGCCUCUUGUUUCUUUCUUUUUUUUUUUGUUUAUCUAUAUCAGAAAAUAUAUGUCAGCCUCUUGUUUUUUUCUUUCUUUCUUUGUUUAUCUAUAUCAGACAAAGUAACUGUCAGCCUCUUGUUCUUUUUUCUUUUUUCUUUGUUUAUCUAUAUCAGAGAAAGUAUCUGUCAGCCUCUUGUUUCUUUCUUUCUUUGUUUAUCUAUAUCAGAAAGUAAUAUGUCCUCUUCUUUCUUUUUCUUUCUUUUUUUCUUUGUUUAUCUAUAUCAGAGAAAGUAUCUGUCAAUCUCUUGUUUUUCUUUCUUUUCUUUGUUUAUCUAUAUCAGAGAAAGUAUCUGUCAGCCUCUUGUUUCUUUCUUUCUUUUUUUGUCUAUAUCAGAGAAAAUAUAUGUCAGCCUCUUGUUUUUCUUUCUUUUUUCUUUGUUUAUCUAUAUCAGAAAAAUAUCUGUCAGCCUCUUUCUUUCUUUCUUUCUUUUGUUUAUCUAUAUCAGAAAGUAUCUGUCAGCCUCUUGUUUCUUUCUUUUUUUCUUUGUUUAUCUAUAUCAGAAAAGUAACUGUCAGCCUCUUGUUUUUCUUCUGUUUUUGUUUAUCUAUAUCAGAGAAAAUAUAUGUCAGCCUCUUGUUUCUUUCUUUCUUUCUUUGUUUAAAAUAUAUGUCAGCCUCUUGUUUCUUUCUUUCUUUGUGUUUAUCUAUAUCAGAGAAAGUAUCUGUCAGCCUCUUGUUUCUUUCUUUCUUUUUUUCUUUGUUUAUCUAUAUCAGAAAGUAUUUGUCAGUCUCUUGUUUCUUUCUUUCUUUGUUUAUCUAUAUCAGAGAAAGUAUAUUGUCAGUCUCUUGUUUCUUUCUUUCUUUUUUUCUUUGUUUAUCUAUAUCAGAAAGUAUCUGUCAGCCUCUUGUUUCUUUCUUUCUUUGUUUAUCUAUAUCAGAGAAAGUAUCUGUCAGCCUCUUGUUUCUUUCUUUCUUUGUUUAUCUAUAUCUAUAUCAGAAAAUAUAUGUCAGCCUCUUGUUUCUUUCUUUCUUUUUUCUUUGUUUAUCUAUAUCAGAAAAAGUAUCUGUCAGCCUCUUGUUUCUUUCUUUCUUUGUUUAUCUAUAUCAGAAAGUAACUAUCAGCCUCUUUCUUUCUUUCUUUUUUUUUUAUCUAUAUCAGAGAAAGUAACUGUCAGCCUCUUGUUUCUUUCUUUCUUUCUUUUUUGUUUAUCUAUAUCAGAGAAAAUAUGUCAGCCUCUUGUUUUUUCUUUCUUUUGUUUAUCUAUAUCAGAGAAAAUAUUUGUCAGCCUUUGUUUUUUUUUCUUUCUUUCUUUGUUUAUCUAUAUCAGAAAAGUAUCUGUCAGCCUCUUAAGAAAGUAUCUGUCAGCCUCUUGUUUCUUUCUUUCUUUCUUUAUUUAUCUAUAUCAGACAUUUCUUUCUUUCUUUCUUUUCUUUUUUUAUCUUUCUUUUUCUUUCUUUCUUUGUUUAUCUAUAUCAGAAAGUAACUGUCAACCUCUUGCUUCUUUCUUUCUUUCUUUCUUUGUUUAUCUAUAUCAGAGAAAGUAUCUGUCAGCCUCUUGUUUCUUUCUUUUUCUUUCUUUGUUUAUCUAUAUCAGAAAAAGUAUCUGUCAGCCUCUUGUUUCUUUUUUUCUUUCUUUGUUUAUCUAUAUCAGAAAAGUAUCUGUCAGCCUCUUGUUUCUCUUGUUUCUUUCUUUCUUUGUUUAUCUAUAUCAGAAAAGUAUCUGUCAGCCUCUUGUUUCUUUGUUUAUCUAUUCUUUCAGCCUCUUGUUUAUCUUUCUUUCAGAGAUAUCCAGAAAAUAUCUCUCAGCCUCUUUCUUUCUUUCUUUUCUUUGUUUAUCUAUAUCAGAAAAGUAUCUGUCAGCCUCUUGUUUCUUUCUUUCUUUCUUUGUUUAUCUAUAUCAGAAAGUAUCUGUCAGCCUCUUUCUUUCUUUCUUUCUUUGUUUAUCUAUAUCAGAGAAAAAGUAUCUGUCAGCCUCUUGUUUCUUUCUUUCUUUCUUUUUUCUAUAUCAGAGAAAGUAUCUGUCAGCCUCUUGUUUCUUUCUUUCUUUGUUUAUCUAUAUCAGAGAAAGUAACUGUCAAGCCUCUUGUUUCUUUCUUUUUCUUUGUUUAUCUAUCUAUAUCAGAAAGUAUCUGUCAGCCUCUUGUUUCUUUCUUUCUUUCUUUCUUUGUUUAUCUAUAUCAGAGAAAGUAUCUGUCAGCCUCUUGUUUCUUUCUUUCUUUUUUUUCUUUGUUUAUCUAUAUCAGAGAAAGUAUCUGUCAGCCUCUUGUUUCUUUCUUUCUUUCUUUGUUUAUCUAUAUCAGAAAAAAUAUUUGUCAGCCUCUUGUUUCUUUCUUUCUUUUUGUUUAUCUAUAUCAGAGAAAAUAUCUGUCAGCCUCUUGUUUCUUUCUUUCUUUGUUUAUCUAUAUCAGAAAGUAACUGUCAGCCUCUUGUUUCUUUCUUUCUUUCUUUGUUUAUCUAUAUCAGAAAGUAUCUUCAGCCUCUUGUUCUCUUUCUUUCUUUCUUUCUUUGUUUAUCUAUAUCAGAGAAAAGAAAAAUAUCUGUCAGCCUCUUGUUUCUUUCUGUCUUUGUUUAUCUAUAUCAGAGAAAAUAUAUGUCCAGCCUCUUGUUUUUUCUUUCUUUUUUUUGUUUAUCUAUAUCAGAGAAAAUAUCUGUCAGCCUCUUGUUUCUUUCUUCUUUUUUCUUUGUUUAUCUAUAUCAGAGAAAAUAUAUGUCAGCCUCUUGUUUUCUUUCUUUUUUCUUUUUCUUUGUUUAUCUAUAUCAGAAAGUAUCUGUCAGCCUCUUGUUUCUUUCUUUCUUUUUUUUUUUGUUUAUCUAUAUCAGAAAUAUAUCUUGUUUCUUUUGUUUCUUUCUUUCUUUGUUUAUCUAUAUCAGAGAAAUAUCUGUCAGCCUCUUGUUUCUUUCUUUCUUUCUUUCUUUGUUUAUCUAUAUCAGAAAGUAAUAUAUGUCAAGCCUCUUGUUUCUUUCUUUCUUUGUUUAUUUAUUUCAGAGAAAAUAACUGUCAGCCUCUUUCUUUCUUUCUUUCUUUUGUUUAUCUAUAUCAGAGAAAAUAUCUGUCAGCCUCUUGUUUCUUUCUUUCUUUCUGUCUUUGUUUAUCUAUAUCAGAGAAAAUAUAUGUCAGCCUCUUGUUUCUUUCUUUCUUUUUUUCUUUGUUUAUCUAUAUCAGAGAAAGUAUCUGUCAGCCUCUUGUUUCUUUCUGUCUUUGUUUAUCUAUAUCAGAGAAAAUAUAUGUCAGCCUCUUGUAUCUUUCUUUCUUUCUUUCUUUGUUUAUCUAUAUCAGAGAAAGUAACUGUCAGCCUCUUGUUUCUUUCUUUCUUUUUUUCUUUGUUUAUCUAUAUCAGAGAAAGUAUCUGUCAGCCUCUUGUUUCUUUCUUUCUUUGUUUAUCUAUAUCAGAGAAAGUAUCUGUCAGACUCUUGUAUUUUCUUUCUUUCUUUCUUUAUCUAUAUCAGAAAAGUAUUCUGUCAAGUCUUGUUACCUUUCUUUCUUUUUUUCUUUGUUUAUCUAUAUCAGAGAAAGUAUCUGUCAGUCUCUUGUUUCUUUCUUUCUUUUUUUGUUUUUGUUUAUCUUGUUUCUUUCUGUCUUUUGUUUAUCUAUAUCAGAGAAAAUAUAUGUCAGCCUCUUGUAUCUUUCUUUCUUUUUUCUUUGUUUAUCUAUAUCAGAGAAAGUAACUGUCAGCCUCUUGUUUCUUUCUUUUUGUUUAUCUUAUCAGAGAAAGUAUCUGUCAGUCUCUUUUCUUUCUUUCUUUGUUUAUCUAUAUCAGAGAAAAUGUAUCUGUCAGCCUCUUGUUUCUUUCUUUCUUUUUUUCUUUGUUUAUCUAUAUCAGAGAAAGUAUCUGUCAGCCUCUUGUUUCUUUCUUUCUUUUGUUUAUUUAUCUAUAUCAGAGAAAAUAUCUGUCAGCCUCUUGUUUCUUUCUUUCUUUUUUUCUUUGUUUAUCUAUAUCAGAGAAAGUAUCUGUCAGCCUCUUGUUUCUUUCUUUCUUUUUCUUUGUUUAUCUAUAUCAGAGAAAUAUAUGUCAGCCUCUUUGUUUCUCUUGUUUCUUUCUUUUGUUUCUUUCUUUCUUUUUUCUUUGUUUAUCUAUAUCAGAGAAAGUAGUAUCUGUCUCCUCUUGUUUCUUUCUUUCUUUUUUUUUUGUUUAUCUAUAUCAAAGAAAAUAUAUGUCAACCUCUUGUUUCUUUCUUUCUUUUUUUCUUUGUUUAUCUAUAUCAGAGAAAGUAUCUGUCAGUCUCUUUCUUUUUCUUUUUUGUUUCUUUCUUUCUUUUUUUUCUUUCUUUUUUAUCUAUAUCAGAGAAAAUAUCUGUCAGCCUCUUGUUUCUUUCUUUCUUUUUGUUUAUCUAUAUCAGAAAAAGAAAAUAUCUGUCAGCCUCUUGUUUCUUUCUUUCUUUCUUUGUUUAUCUAUAUCAGAAAAAGUAUCUGUCAGCCUCUCUUGUUUCUUUCUUUCUUUUUUUUUUUGUUUAUCUAUAUCAGAAAAAUAUCUGUCAGCCUCUUUGUUUCUUUCUUUCUUUGUUUAUCUAUAUCAGAGAAAGUAUCUGUCAGCCUCUUGUUUCUUUUUUUCUUUGUUUAUCUAUAUCAGAGAAAGUAUCUGUCAGCCUCUUGUUUCUUUCUUUCUUUUUUCUUUGUUUAUCUAUAUCAGAAAAAGUUUUUCUUUCUUUCUUUGUUUAUCUAUAUCAGAAAAAGUAUAUGUCAGCCUCUUUUGUUUAUUUCUUUCUUUUCUUUUUUUUAUCUAUAUCAGAGAAAAAUAUCUGUCAGCCUCUUUGUUUCUUUCUUUUUUCUUUAUCUAUAUCAGAGAAAAUAUUUGUCAGCCUCUUGUUUCUUUCUUUCUUUGUUUAUCUAUAUCAGAGAAAGUAACUGUCAGCCUCUUGUUUCUUUCUUUCUUUUUUUUUAUUCAUUGUUUAUCUAUAUCAGAUCAGAAAGUAUCUGUCAGCCUCUUGUUUCUUUCUUUCUUUGUUUAUCUAUAUCAGAAAAAUAUAUGUCAGCCUCUUCUUUCUUUCUUUCUUUCUUUGUUUAUCUAUAUCAGAAAAGUAACUGUCAGCCUCUUGUUUCUUUUCUUUCUUUUUUUUUUUAUCUAUAUCAGAAAAGUAUCUGUCAGCCUCUUGUUUCUUUCUUUCUUUGUUUAUCUAUAUCAUAUAUCAGAGAAAAUAUCUUGUUCUUUUCUUUUCUUUUAGUUUAUCUAUAUCAGAAAAGUAACUGUCAGCCUCUUGUUUCUUUCUUUCUUUUUUUCUUUAUCUAUAUCAGAAAAGUAUCUGUCAGCCUCUUGUUUCUUUCUUUUUUUUUGUUUAUCUAUAUCAGAAAAAUAAGAAACUGUCAGCCUCUUGUUUCUUUCUUUUUCUUUGUUUAUCUAUAUCAGAGAAAGUAUAUGUCAGCCUCUUGUUUCUUUCUUUCUUUCUUUCUUUGUUUAUCUAUAUCAGAGAAAAAUAUCUCUUGUUUCUUUCUUUCUUUGUUUAUCUUAUCUAUAUCAGAGAAAGUAUCUGUCAGUUUCUUGUUUCUUUCUUUCUUUGUUUAUCUAUAUCAGAGAAAAUAUCUGUCAGCCUCUUGUUUCUUUUCUUUCUUUCUUUCUUUGUUUAUCUAUAUCAGAGAAAAUAUCUGUCAGCCUCUUGUUUCUUUCUUUCUUUCUUUCUUUGUUUUUAUCUAUAUCAGAGAAAGUCAGUCUCUUGUUUUCUUUGUUUCUCUUUUUCUUUGUUUAUCUAUAUCAGAGAAAGUAACUCUUGUUUCUUUCCUUUAUUAUAUCAGAAAAUAUCUUUCUUUCUUUCUUUCUUUCUUUCUUUUUAUCUAUAUCAGAGAAAGUAUCUGUCAGCCUCUUGUUUCUUUCUUUCUUUCUUUGUUUAUCUAUAUCAUAGAAAAUAUCUGUCAGCCUCUUGUUUCUUUCUUUCUUUCUUUUUGUUUAUCUAUAUCAGAAAGUAACUGUCAGCCUCUUGUUUCUUUCUUUCUUUUUUUCUUUGUUUAUCUAUAUCAGAAAAAAUAUCUGUCAGCCUCUUGUUUCUUUCUUUUUUUUUUCUUUGUUUAUCUAUAUCAGAGAAAGUAUCUGUCAGCCUCUUGUUUUUCUUUCUUUCUUUCUUUGUUUAUCUAUAUCAGAGAAAGUAACUGUCAGCCUCUUGUUUCUUUCUUUCUUUCUUUCUUUGUUUAUCUAUAUCAGAGAAAAUAUAUGUCAGCCUCUUGUUUCUUUCUUUCUUUCUUUCUUUGUUUAUCUAUAUCAGAAAAAGUAUCUGUCAGCCUCUCUUUUCUUUCUUUCUUUCUUUUGUUUAUCUAUAUCAGAGAAAGUAUCUGUCAGCCUCUUGUUUCUUUCUUUCUUUUUCUUUGUUUAUAUCAGAAUCAAGUAACUGUCUGUCAGCCUCUUGUUUCUUUCUUUCUUUUUUUCUUUGUUUAUCUAUAUCAGAGAAAGUAUCUGUCAGCCUCUUGUUUCUUUCUUUCUUUGUUUAUCUAUAUCAGAGAAAGUAUCUGUCAGCCUCUUGUUUCUUUCUUUCUUUGUUUAUCUAUAUCAGAAAAUAUAUGUCAACCUCUUUUUUUGUUUUCUUUCUUUCUUUUUCUUUUUGUUUAUCUAUAUCAGAGAAAGUAUCUGUCCGCCUCUUGUUUCUUUCUUUCUUUCUUUCUUUGUUUAUCUAUAUCAGAAAAACUGUAUCUGUCAGCCUCUUGUUCUUUCUUUUUCUUUGUUUAUCUAUAUCAGAGAAAAGUAUCUGUCAGCCUCUUAUUUUUUCUUUCUUUGUUUAUCUAUAUCAGAGAAAAACUAUCAUGUCUUGUCUUGUUUCUUUCUUUCUUUUUUUUCUUUAUUUAUAUCAGAGAAAGUAUCUGUCAGCCUCUUGUUUCUUUCUUUCUUUGUUUAUCUAUAUCAGAGAAAGUAACUGUCAGCCUCUUGUUUCUUUUCUUUCUUUUGUUUAUCUAUAUCAGAGAAAAUAUAUGUCAGCCUCUUGUUUCUUUCUUUCUUUUUUUUUUUUGUUUAUCUAUAUCAGAGAAAGUAUCUGUCAGCCUCUUUCUUUCUUUCUUUCUUUGUUUAUCUAUAUCAGAGAAAGUAUCUAGAAAAAUAUCUGUCCAGCCUCUUGUUUCUUUCUUUCUUUGUUUAUCUAUAUCAGAGAUAAUAUGUCAGCCUCUUGUUUCUUUCUUUCUUUUUUUCUUUGUUUAUCUAUAUCAGAAAAGUAACUGUCAGCCUCUUGUUUCUUUCUUUCUUUUUUUUUUUUUUUGUUUAUCUAUAUCAGAGAAAGUAUCUGUCAGCCUCUUGUUUCUUUCUUUCUUUUUUUCUUUGUUUAUCUAUAUCAGAAAAUAUAUGUCAGCCUCUUGUUCUUUCUUUCUUUCUUUCUUUAUCUAUAUCAGAGAAAAUUUUGUCAGCCUCUUGUAUCUUUUUUUCUUUCUUUCUUUAUUUAUCUAUAUCAGAGAAAGUAUCUGUCAGUCUCUUGUUUCUUUCUUUCUUUUUUUUUCUUUGUUUAUCUAUAUCAGAAAAGUAUCUGUCAGCCUCUUUUCUUUCUUUCUUUCUUUGUUUAUCUAUAUCAGAAAAAUAUAUGUCAGCCUCUUGUAUCUUUCUUUCUUUCUUUCUUUGUUUAUCUAUAUCAGAAAAUAUCUACCAGCCUCUUGUUUCUUUUUUUUCUUUUUUUUUUGUUUAUCUAUAUCAGAGAAAAUAUCUGUCAGCCUCUUGUUCUUUCUUUCUUUCUUUGUUUAUCUAUAUCAGAGAAAGUAUCUGUCAGCCUCUUGUUUCUUUCUUUCUUUUUUUUGUUUAUCUAUAUCAGAAAAUAUCUGUCAGCCUCUUGUUUCUUUCUUUCUUUCUUUAUCUAUAUCAGAGAAAAUAUAUGUCAUCUUGUAUUUUCUUUCUUUCUUUCUUUGUUUAUCUAUAUCAGAGAAAGUAACUGUCAGCCUCUUGUUUCUUUCUUUCUUUUUUUUCUUUGUUUAUCUAUAUCAGAGAAAGUAUCUGUCAGCCUCUUGUUUCUUUCUGUCUUUGUUUAUCUAUAUCAGAGAAAAUAUAUGUCAGCCUCUUGUAUCUUUCUUUCUUUCUUUCUUUGUUUAUCUAUAUCAGAGAAAUAACUGUCAGCCUCUUGUUUCUUUUUUUCUUUGUUUAUCUAUAUCAGAGAAAGUAACUGUCAGCCUCUUGUUUCUUUCUUUUUGUUUUCUUUAUCUAUAUCAGAAAAUAUAUGUCAGCCUCUUGUUCUUUCUUUUUUCUUUCUUUGUUUAUCUAUAUCAGAGAAAGUAUCUGUCAGCCUCUUGUUUUUCUUUCUUUUUUCUUUGUUUAUCUAUAUCAGAAAAGUAUAUGUCAGCCUCUUGUUUCUUUCUGUCUUUGUUUAUCUAUAUCAGAGAAAAUAUAUAUCAGCCUCUUGUAUCUUUCUUUCUUUCUUUCUUUGUUUAUCUAUAUCAGAGAAAGUAUCUGUCAGUCUCUUGUUUCUUUCUUUCUUUUUUUCUUUGUUUAUCUAUAUCAGAGAAUGUAACUGUCAGCCUCUUGUUUCUUUUCUUUCUUUCUUUGUUUAUCUAUAUCAGAGAAAGUAUAUGUCAGCCUCUUUGUUUAUCUUUCUUUCUUUCUUUGUUUAUCUAUAUCAGAGAAAAAACUGUCAGCCUCUUGUUUCUUUCUUUCUUUUUUUUCUUUGUUUAUCUAUAUCAGAGAAAGUAUCUGUCAGCCUCUUGUUUCUUUCUUUUUUUUCUUUGUUUAUCUAUAUCAGAGAAAGUAUCUGUCAGCCUCUUGUUUUUUCUUUCUUUCUUUCUUUGUUUAUCUAUAUCAGAAAAAGUAUCUGUCAGCCUCUUGUUUCUUUCUUUUUUUUCUUUGUUUAUCUAUAUCAGAAAGUAUCUGUCAGUCUCUUGUUUCUUUCUUUCUUUUUUUCUUUGUUUAUCUAUAUCAGAAAAGUAUCUGUCAGUCUCUUGUUUUUCUUUUUUUUCUUUGUUUAUCUAUAUCAGAAAAGUAUCUGUCAGCCUCUUUGUUUCUUUUCUUUCUUUUUUUCUUUGUUUUUAUCUAUAUCAGAGAAAGUAUCUCUUGUUUCUUUCUUUCUUUUUUCUUUGUUUAUCUAUAUCAGAGAAAGUAUCUGUCAGCCUUUGUUUCUUUUUUUCUUUGUUUAUCUAUAUCAGAGAAAGUAUCUGUCAGUCUCUUGUUUCUUUCUUUCUUUUUUGUUUGUUUAUCUAUAUCAGAGAAAGUAUCUGUCAGCCUCUUGUUUCUUUCUUUCUUUUUUCUUUGUUUAUCUAUAUCAGAGAAAGUAACUGUCAGCCUCUUGUUUCUUUCUUUCUUUUUUUCUUUGUUUAUCUAUAUCAGAGAAAGUAUCUGUCAGCCUCUUGUUUCUUUCUUUCUUUGUUUAUCUAUAUCAGAGAAAAUAUCUGUCAGCCUCUUGUUUCUUUCUUUCUUUCUUUGUUUAUCUAUAUCAGAGAAAGUAUCUGUCAGCCUCUUGUUUCUUUCUUUCUUUGUUUAUCUAUAUCAGAGAAAGUAUCUUUGUCAGCCUCUUGUUUCUUUCUUUCUUUUCUUUGUUUAUCUAUAUCAGAGAAAGUAUCUGUCAGCCUCUUUCUUUCUUUCUUUCUUUGUUUAUCUAUAUCAGAAAAGUAUCUGUUUUGUUUCUUUCUUUUUUUUGUUUAUCUAUAUCAGAGAAAGUAUCUGUCAGCCUCUUGUUUCUUUCUUUCUUUGUUUAUCUAUAUCAGAAAAAUAUAUGUCAGCCUCUUUAUUUCUUUCUUUCUUUCUUUCUUUGUUUAUCUAUAUCAGAAAAGUAACUGUCAGCCUCUUUUUUCUUUUUUUUUUUGUUUAUCUAUAUCAGAGAAAGUAUCUGUCAGCCUCUUGUUUCUUUCUGUCUUUGUUUAUCUAUAUCAGAGAAAAUAUAUGUCAGCCUCUUGUAUCUUUCUUUCUUUCUUUCUUUGUUUAUCUAUAUCAGAGAAAGUAUCUGUCAGUCUCUUGUUUCUUUCUUUCUUUUUUUCUUUGUUUAUCUAUAUCAGAGAAAGUAACUGUCAGCCUCUUGUUUCUUUCUGUCUUUGUUUAUCUAUAUCAGAGAAAAUAUAUGUCAGCCUCUUGUAUCUUUCUUUCUUUGUUUAUCUAUAUCAGAUCAAAAAGUAUAUGUCAGCCUCUUGUUUCUUUCUUUCUUUCUUUCUUUGUUUAUCUAUAUCAGAGAAAGUAACUGUCAGCCUCUUGUUUCUUUCUUUCUUUGUUUAUCUAUGUCAGAGAAAAUAUCUGUCAGCCUCUUGUUUCUUUCUUUCUUUUUUUUUGUUUAUCUAUAUCAGAAAGUAUCUGUCAGCCUCUUGUUUUUUCUUUCUUUUUUCUUUGUUUAUCUAUAUCAGAGAAAACUGUCAGCCUCUUAUCCAGUUUCUUUCUUUUUUUUUUUUUUGUUUAUCUAUAUCAGAGAAAGUAUCUGUCAGCCUCUUGUUUCUUUCUUUCUUUGUUUAUCUAUAUCAGAGAAAGUAUCUGUCAGCCUCUUGUUUCUUUCUUUCUUUGUUUAUCUAUAUCAGAGAAAGUAACUGUCAGCCUCUUGUUUCUUUCUUUCUUUGUUUAUCUAUAUCAGAGAAAGUAACUGUCAGCCUCUUGUUUCUUUCUUUCUUUUUUUCUUUGUUUAUCUAUAUCAGAGAAAGUAUCUGUCAGCCUCUUGUUUCUUUCUUUCUUUUUUUCUUUGUUUAUCUAUAUCAGAGAAAGUAUCUGUCAGCCUCUUGUUUCUUUCUUUCUUUGUUUAUCUAUAUCAGAGAAAGUAACUGUCAGCCUCUUGUUUCUUUCUUUCUUUCUUUGUUUAUCUAUAUCAGAGAAAGUAUCUGUCAGCCUCUUGUUUCUUUCUUUCUUUUUUUUUUUGUUUAUCUAUAUCAGAGAAAGUAUCUGUCAGUUUCUCUUUUUAUCUUUCUUUUCUUUUUUUUUCUUUAUCUAUAUCUAUAUCAGAAAAGUAUCUGUCAGCCUCUUGUUUCUUUCUUUCUUUGUUUAUCUAUAUCAGAGAAAAAUAACUGUCAGCCUCUUGUUUCUUUCUUUCUUUUUUCUUUGUUUAUCUAUAUCAUCAGAAAGUAUCUGUCAGUCUCUUGUUUCUUUUUUUUUCUUUGUUUAUCUAUAUCAGAGAAAGUAACUGUCAGCCUCUUGUUUCUUUCUUUCUUUUUUUUUGUUUAUCUAUAUCAGAGAAAGUAUCUGUCAGCCUCUUGUUUCUUUCUUUCUUUGUUUAUCUAUAUCAGAGAAAAUAUAUGUCAGCCUCUUGUUUCUUUCUUUCUUUUUUUUCUUUGUUUAUCUAUAUCAGAGAAAGUAUCUGUCAGCCUCUUGUUUUUUCUUUCUUUUUUUCUUUGUUUAUCUAUAUCAGAGAAAGUAUCUGUCAGCCUCUUGUUUCUUUCUUUCUUUUUUUCUUUGUUUAUCUAUAUCAGAGAAAGUAUCUGUCAGCCUCUUGUUUCUUUCUGUCUUUGUUUAUCUAUAUCAGAGAAAAUAUAUGUCAGCCUCUUGUUUCUUUCUUUCUUUUUUUUUGUUUAUCUAUAUCAGAGAAAGUAUCUGCCAGCCUCUUGUUUCUUUCUGUCUUUGUUUAUCUAUAUCAGAGAAAAUAUAUGUCAGCCUCUUGUAUCUUUCUUUCUUUCUUUCUUUGUUUAUCUAUAUCAGAAAAGUAUCUGUCAGCCUCUUGUUUCUUUCUUUUUUUGUUUAUCUAUAUCAGAAAAGUAUCUGUCAGCCUCUUGUUUCUUUCUUUCUUUUUUUUUGUUUAUCUAUAUCAGAGAAAGUAUCUGUCAGCCUCUUGUUUCUUUCUUUCUUUUUCUUUAUUUAUCUAUAUCAGAGAAAGUAUCUGUCAGCCUCUUGUUUCUUUCUUUCUUUUUUAUUUUUUUUCAGUUUAUCUAUAUCAGAGAAAGUUUAUCUGUCAGCCUCUUGUUUCUUUUUUUCUUUUUUCUUUGUUUAUCUAUAUCAGAGAAAAUAACUGUCAGCCUCUUGUUUCUUUCUUUUCUUUUUUCUUUGUUUAUCUAUAUCAGAGAAAGUAUCUGUCAGUCUCUUGUUUCUUUCUUUCUUUCUUUUGUUUAUCUAUAUCUGAGAAAAUAUCUGUCAGCCUCUUGUUUCUUUCUUUUUCUUUGUUUAUCUAUAUCAGAAAGUAUCUGUCAGCCUCUUUUUUUUUUUCUUUUUUUUCUUUGUUUAUCUAUAUCAGAGAAAGUAUCUGUCAGCCUCUUUUUUUUUUCUUUUUUUGUUUAUCUAUAUCAGAGAAAGUAUCUGUCAGUCUCUUGUUUCUUUCUUUUCUUUGUUUAUCUAUAUCAGAAAAAUAUGUCAGCCUCUUGUUUUCUUUCUUUCUUUUUUUUGUUUAUCUAUAUCAGAGAAAGUAUCUGUCAGCCUCUUGUUUCUUUCUUUCUUUUUUCUUUGUUUAUCUAUAUCAGAAAAAUAACUGUCAGCCUCUUGUUUCUUUCUUUCUUUUUUUUUGUUUAUAUAUCAGAAAAAGUAACUGUCAGUCUCUUGUUUCUUUCUUUCUUUUUUUAUCUAUAUCAGAGAAAGUAUAUGUCAGCCUCUUGUUUUCUUUUUAUCUUUUUUCUUUGUUUUAUCUAUAUCAGAGAAAGUAACUGUCAGUCUCUUGUUUUCUUUCUUUCUUUUUCUUUGUUUAUCUAUAUCAGAGAAAGUAUCUGUCAGUCUCUUGUUUCUUUCUUUCUUUUUUUCUUUGUUUAUCUAUAUCAGAGAAAGUAUCUGUCAGCCUCUUGUUUCUUUCUUUCUUUGUUUAUCUAUAUCAGAGAAAAUAUAUGUCAGCCUCUUGUAUCUUUCUUUCUUUCUUUCUUUGUUUAUCUAUAUCAGAGAAAAGAAAGUAUCUGUCAGUCUCUUGUUUCUUUCUUUCUUUUUGUUUAUCUAUAUCAGAAAGUAUCUGUCAGCCUCUUGUUUCUUUCUUUCUUUUUUCUUUGUUUAUCUAUAUCAGAGAAAGUAUCUGUCAGCCUCUUGUUUCUUUCUUUCUUUUUUGUUUAUCUAUAUCAGAAAAGUAUCUGUCAGUCUCUUGUUUCUUUCUUUCUUUGUUUAUCUAUAUCAGAGAAAGUAACUGUCAGCCUCUUGUUUUCUUUCUUUUCUUUGUUUAUCUAUAUCAGAGAAAGUAACUGUCAGCCUCUUGUUUCUUUCUGUCAGCCUCUUUUUUCUUUAGAAAGUAUCUGUCAGCCUCUUGUUUCUUUCUUUCUUUUUUUGUUUAUCUAUAUCAGAGAAAGUAUCUGUCAGCCUCUUGUUUCUUUCUUUCUUUUUCUUUGUUUAUCUAUAUCAGAGAAAGUAUCUGUCAGCCUCUUGUUUCUUUUUUCUUUGUUUAUCUAUAUCAGAGAAAGUAUCUGUCAGCCUCUUGUUUCUUUCUUUCUUUGUUUAUCUAUAUCAGAAAGUAUCUGUCAACCUCUUGUUUCUUUCUUUCUUUUUUCUUUGUUUAUCUAUAUCAGAAAGUAUCUGUCAGCCUCUUGUUUCUUUCUUUCUUUGUUUAUCUAUAUCAGAGAAAGUAACUGUCAGCCUCUUGUUUCUUUCUUUCUUUUUUUCUUUGUUUAUCUAUAUCAGAGAAAGUAUCUGUCAGCCUCUUGUUUCUUUCUUUCUUUGUUUAUCUAUAUCAGAGAAAGUAUCUGUCAGCCUCUUGUUUCUUUCUUUCUUUUUUUUUUGUUUAUCUAUAUCAGAGAAAGUAUCUGUCAGCCUCUUGUUUCUUUCUUUCUUUGUUUAUCUAUAUCAGAGAAAGUAACUGUCAGCCUCUUGUUUCUUUCUUUCUUUUUUCUUUGUUUAUCUAUAUCAGAGAAAGUAUCUGUCAGCCUCUUGUUUCUUUAUUCUUUGUUUAUCUAUAUCAGAGAAAGUAUCUGUCAGCCUCUUGUUUCUUUCUUUCUUUGUUUAUCUAUAUCAGAGACAAUAUAUGUCAGCCUCUUGUAUCUUUCUUUCUUUGUUUAUCUAUAUCAGAGAAAAAAAGUAUCUGUCAGCCUCUUGCUUCUUUCUUUCUUUGUUUAUCUAUAUCCAGAGAAAGUAUCUGUCAGCCUCUUGCUUCUUUCUUUCUUUGUUUAUCUAUAUCAGAGAAAGUAUCUGUCAGCCUCUUGCUUCUUUUCUUUUUUUCUUUGUUUAUCUAUAUCAGAGAAAGUAUCUGUCAGCCUCUUGCUUCUUUCUUUCUUUCUUUCUUUGUUUAUCUAUAUCAGAGAAAGUAUCUGUCAGCCUCUUGUUUCUUUCUUUCUUUGUUUAUCUAUAUCAGAGAAAGUAUCUGUCAGCCUCUUGCUUCUUUCUUUCUUUGUUUAUCUAUAUCAGAGAAAGUAUCUGUCAGCCUCUUGUUUCUUUCUUUCUUUUUUUCUUUGUUUAUCUAUAUCAGAGAAAGUAUCUGUCAGCCUCUUGCUUCUUUCUUUCUUUGUUUAUCUAUAUCAGAGAAAGUAUCUGUCAGUCUCUUGUUUCUUUCUUUCUUUGUUUAUCUAUAUCAGUGAAAGUAACUGUCAGCCUCUUGUUUCUUUCUUUCUUUGUUUAUCUAUAUCAGAGAAAGUAACUGUCAGCCUCUUGUUUCUUUCUUUCUUUUUUUCUUUGUUUAUCUAUAUCAGAGAAAAGAAAGUAUCUGUCAGUCUCUUGUUUCUUUCUUUCUUUGUUUAUCUAUAUCUGAGAAAGUAUCUGUCAGCCUCUUGUUUCUUUCUUUCUUUCUUUAUCUAUAUCAGAGAAAGUAUCUGUCAGCCUUUUGUUUCUUUCUUUCUUUUUUUCUUUGUUUAUCUAUAUCAGAGAAAGUAUCUGUCAGUCUCUUUUUUCUUUCUUUCUGUGUUUACCUAUAUCAGAGAAAGUAACUGUCAGCCUAUUGUUUCUUUCUUUCUUUGUUUAUCUAUAUCAGAGAAAGUAACUGUCAGCCUCUUGUUUCUUUCUUUCUUUUUUUCUUUGUUUAUCUAUAUCAGAGAAAGUAUCUGUCAGUCUCUUGUUUCUUUCUUUCUUUGUUUAUCUAUAUCAGAGAAAGUAACUGUCAGCCUCUUGUUUCUUUCUUUCUUUUUUUCUUUGUUUAUCUAUAUCAGAGAAAGUAUCUGUCAGUCUCUUGUUUCUUUCUUUCUUUGUUUAUCUAUAUCAGAGAAAGUAACUGUCAGCCUCUUGUUUCUUUCUUUCUUUUUUUCUUUGUUUAUAUAUAUCAGAGAAAGUAUCUGUCAGUCUCUUGUUUCUUUCUUUGUUUGUUUAUCUAUAUCAGAGAAAGUAACUGACAGCCUCUUGUUUCUUUCUUUCUUUUUUUCUUUGUUUAUCUAUAUCAGAGAAAGUAUCUGUCAGUCUCUUGUUUCUUUCUUUCUUUGUUUAUCUAUAUCAGAGAAAGUAACUGUCAGCCUCUUGUUUCGUUCUUUCUUUUUUUCUUUGUUUAUCUAUAUCAGAGAAAGUAUCUGUCAGCCUCUUGCUUCUUUCUUUCUUUGUUUAUCUAUAUCAGAGAAAGUAUCUGUCAGCCUCUUGCUUCUUUCUUUCUUUGUUUAUCUAUAUCAGAGAAAGUAUCUGUCAGCCUCUUGCUUCUUUCUUUCUUUGUUUAUCUAUAUCAGAGAAAGUAUCUGUCAGCCUCUUGCUUCUUUCUUUCUUUCUUUCUUUGUUUAUCUAUAUCAGAGAAAGUAUCUGUCAGCCUCUUGCAUCUUUCUUUCUUUGUUUAUCUAUAUCAGAGAAAGUAUCUGUCAGCCUCUUGCUUCUUUCUUUCUUUGUUUAUCUAUAUCAGAGAAAGUAUCUGUCAGACUCUUGUUUCUUUCUUUCUUUUUUUCUUUGUUUAUCUAUAUCAGAGAAUGUAACUGUCAGCCUCUUGUUUCUUUCUUUCUUUUUUUCUUUGUUUAUCUAUAUCAGAGAAUGUAUCUGUCAGUCUCUUGUUUCUUUCUUUCUUUCUUUAUCUAUGUCAGAGAAAGUAUCUGUCAGCCUCUUGCUUCUUUCUUUCUUUGUUUAUCUAUAUCAGAGAAAAUAUAUGUCAGCCUCUUGCUUCUUUCUUUCUUUGUUUAUCUAUAUCAGAGAAAGUAUCUGUCAGCCUCUUGCUUCUUUCUUUCUUUGUUUAUCUAUAUCAGAGAAAGUAUCUGUCAGCCUCUUGCUUCUUUCUUUCUUUGUUUAUCUAUAUCAGAGAAAGUAUCUGUCAGCCUCUUGUUUCUUUCUUUCUUUUUUUCUUUGUUUAUCUAUAUCAGAGAAAAGAAAGUAUCUGUCAGUCUCUUGUUUCUUUCUUUCUUUGUUUAUCUAUAUCAGAGAAAGUAUCUGUCAGCCUCUUGCUUCUUUCUUUCUUUGUUUAUCUAUAUCAGAGAAAGUAUCUGUCAGCCUCUUGCUUCUUUCUUUCUUUGUUUAUCUAUAUCAGAGAAAGUAUCUGUCAGCCUCUUGCUUCUUUCUUUCUUUGUUUAUCUAUAUCAGAGAAAGUAUCUGUCAGCCUCUUGUUUCUUUCUUUCUUUUUUUCUUUGUUUAUCUAUGUCAGAGAAAGUAACUGUCAGCCUCUUGUUUCUUUCUUUCUUUUUUUCUUUGUUUAUCUAUAUCAGAGAAAGUAUCUGUCAGCCUCUUGUUUCUUUCUUUCUUUUUUUCUUUGUUUAUCUAUAUCAGAGAAAGUAUCUGUCAGUCUCUUGUUUCUUUCUUUCUUUGUUUAUCUAUAUCAGAGAAACUAUCUGUCAGCCUCUUGCUACUUUCUUUCUUUGUUUAUCUAUAUCAGAGAAAGUAUCUGUCAGCCUCUUGCUUCUUUCUUUCUUUGUUUAUCUAUAUCAGAGAAAGUAUCUGUCAGCCUCUUGCUUCUUUCUUUCUUUGUUUCUCUAUAUCAGAGAAAGUAUCUGUCAGCCUCUUGCUUCUUUCUAUCUUUGUUUAUCUAUAUCAGAGAAAGUAACUGUCAGCCUCUUGUUUCUUUCUUUCUUUGUUUAUCUAUAUCAGAGAAAGUAUCUGUCAGCCUCUUGUUUCUUUCUUUCUUUGUUCAUCUAUAUCAGAGAAAGUGUCUGUCAGCCUCUUGUUUUUUUAUUUCUUUCUUUCUUUUCUUAUCUAUACCAGAGAAAGUGUCGUUCAGCCUCUUGUUUCUUUCUUUCUUUGUUUAUCUAUAUCAGAGAAAGUAUCUGUCAGCCUCUUGUUUUUUCUUUCUUUCUUUCUUUGUUUAUCUAUAUCAGAGAAAGUAUUUGUCAGCCUCUUGUUUCUUUCUUUCUUUGUUUAUCUAUAUCAGAGGUGUUUGGUGUUGAUAGAUAG